AAAUACGCCAUGUUGAAAACGUAUAUUCUGUCAAACUAUUAAAGCGCAUUGAAAGUUUUAUCUCGCUAAUAUAGCGCUGGAGUAUUUUGGAAACCGGACACUGUGUCUGUGUCGAAGUUUCUUCCAUCUUUCCUAGCUUCCGUCGGUCUUUGUGAAAAAAAAGCACUGAAAACGACAAAGAAACUGUUCAAGGUAAGUUUGUUGUGAUUGUCGAAGGAUUCGCUCGUUACCUUUCUUUGGCAAAGCAUCUCGAAUCCCUACCAGUUCAUUCUCGUCUUUUCAGUUGUGAUCUGCGUUAAGAUUUCAAAGACUGACUAGAAUUCUCUCAGUCUCGGUAAGUUUACGAUUCAGUUUCUUCAUCAACUUCGUUCUCGUUAAAACAAAGCUAGGUUAAAAUUUGAAGGGGCGAGGUCUCAGGGUUUACAGACAUAUUUUAACUUUCUUCACUCAUCAUUUCUUCGAGAUAGAAAGAUUUAGAGCUGCAAAAUGGCCAUUUAAGUUAAGAAUUUUGGUCCGUAGAGUAAGUUAUGGACCACAAAUUGACCAAUCGCAUAGUGAGAACAGACUUAGCACAUAAUAAGGGCUCUUUCAGCCAUAUUUCAGACGAAAAAGCUAGUAAGUACUCGUAUAAAGGCAACAGACUACUUUCUUAAAAUCUUCGGAAGUCGUUAAUUAAGUUGGGUUAAUUCGUCAAUCUGACCCAAUCUCCGUUUUCCAGUUACAGAAAGAUAACAGGGGUUUCAUUAAGCAUCGAAGAUCGGAGGAUUCUCCGUCUACUAGGCACAAAAAUACAAAAUAAAAAACCUAAGAUAGUUCGUAAACUCGCUUAUAAGGAAAGGUCUUCAAUGUAGAUUUAACGUUAUUUACAUCAUCAGGCGAUCUAAUGUCAAUAGGCAAAUCGUUCCAAAGUAUAGGGGCAAUGACUGAAAAAGCCCUUAAACCGUAUGUCUUUAAGUUAUAGGAUUUAAUAACAAGACGCCACUUGUCUGAAGAUGAGCGAAGGUACCUCGCAGGUCCAUAAACAUGGAUUAGGUCAAUCAAAUAAUCAGGAGCUAAAUUUUUGAGUAUCUUAAAAUAAAUAACAUUAAUCUUAAACAUUAUUCUCUGCUCCACUGGUAGCCAGUGCGACUCCUUUAGAGUAUCACUUAUGUGAUCAAACUUACGCAAGCAGGCAAUCACACGCGCUGCAGCGUUUUGGACACUCUGCAGUUUGUUAAUUUCAUACUUGGGAAGACCAUGUAAAAGCGAGUUGCAGAAAUCCAGCUUCGAAUUUAUGAAUGCGUGCACAAGAACUUCAGCCGUUGUGACAUUGAUAUACUUACGAAUCUUAGCUAUAUUUCUAAGGUGGUAGAAUGCCACUUUAACUAUGUUGUUAAUAAGAAAAGAUAUCGUUACGGUGUUAUCGAAAAUGACGCCGAUAUUACGCGCCUUAUUUGUAGGCUUGAGGAUAUUAGUUCUUAUUUUAAUAGACGGUAGCCUUGGGGGCCGUCUAAACCUAGAAUAGAGAAUGAGAAGUUCCGUUUUGUCAGUAUUUAGUUUCAGUUUGUUAGCAGUCAUCCAGUUGGUGAUAUCGACAAGACAGCUUUCAAAUCGGGGAAAUUUUAGUGGUAAGAUCAUCCUUAUCAUCGCAACUGAAGGUGGUGUACAGUUGAGUAUCAUCAGCAUAUAGAUGGAAGUCCAGAUCAUGCCUUCGUAUUAGGUCACCUAGUGGGGCCGUGUACAACAGAUGCAGCAACGGACCCAACACGGACCCCUGGGGUACACCAAAUCUGAGGGGACGAACUGAAGAGGUAAAUCCAUCAAUCUGAACUGACUGGGAAGGAUCCGUAAGAUAAGACUGAAGCCACGAAAGCGCUUUUCCUUUUAUACCAAACCUGGAUCGCAGUUUGUGUAACAAGAUCUUAUUAUUGACUUUGUCGAAGGCUGCUGAUAGGUCUAGCAGCAAGAGAACGACGCAUUGUUUAUCAUCAAUUGAUUUCAGUAUAUCAUUCUGAAUACGUAGAAGGGCUGUCUCACAACUGUUGUGUUUCUUAUAAACAGACUGGAGACUUUCAUUCAGAUCAUUAUCACACAAAUAAUUCGUCAGACGCAUGGCUGCAACUUUUUCAAUAACUUUAGACAAAAACUUUAGGUUAGAUACAGGUCGAAAGUUAGAGAAGAUUUCAAAGUCUACGGACGGUUUCUUCAGCAGAGGAGACAACACUGCAGUCUUCAUGGAACUUGCCAUUGAAGCUGAAUUGAAUGAAAGGUUUACGACUCUUUUAGUAAUAGGUAGUAAAUCAUCGAUACAAUAAAGUAAAAGAGGAGCAGGUAUAGGAUCAAGAGAACACGAUUUGGCGGCGAUUUUUUUCACGAGACCAGAAAGUUCAUCCUCUGAGCUGGGAGAAAAUUCGCCUAAUUCACAUAUAAUUAUGGCGUCAUCAAUCAAUGGAAAAACAGGAGCAUCAGAAGUAGAUAACGUAUCCAGUUGAUGCCUGAUUGUCAGAACUGUUUCACAGAAAAAGUCAGCGAACUUAUCACAUAAUUCCUUUGGAGAGUCACAGGAUGGAUAGUGGUUUUGAGGCGUACGAUGCAGCAUACGGUCUAUGGUGUUAAAUAAAACUUUGGAAUCCGAUUUAUUUUCAUUAAUAAGCGAAGCGUAAUAACUCAUCUUUGAAGAUUUCAAGAGCUUACGAACUCUACUAAACUGACCGGCAUAUUGCAGCUUAUCUGCUUCAGUUCCAGACUUACGCCGACGCCUUUCCAAUUUACGACGUUUGCGUUUUUCUGCGGCAAUUUCCUCACUAUACCCCUGCGCAGAUGGACGAGAGGUUACAAAGCUUGUUUUCAAUGGAGCAUGUACAUCAACAACCUUAAUCAAUUCACUAUCAUAUUGAUCACAUAAAUCAUUCACAUUGCAUGCAGGUGAGGAGAAAAGUGUGGAAGCCAUGACAUCGUUGCGAAAUUCAAUUGGAUCAACACCACGAAUUUUCCGAUAUUGUUUUUUAACUUUUGGUGGACGUGGCCUGGCAAGUGAUAGUUUUGAAUGGAUAGCUGAGUGGUCAGACAAAUGAGGAUUCAAGGUUGACCAACUCUCAAUAACGUCCUCGUACGCUCGAGUGAUCAUCAAAUCUAGUGUGUGCUUAUCCUUAUGAGUAGGGCCAGAAACAUGUUGAAUUAAAUUAUGAGAGUCAAGUAAAUCCAAAAACCUGGAGGCCAGACUAUCGGUGCGAUCAUCAACAUGAAAACUGAAUCUUCCAUCAAUAAAAGAUGACCACUAGCUACCGCUAAACGCUCAAGCAAAAUAGUAAAUUCUUUGAAAAACAUAGUCGCAGUGCGUCCAUUCUCGGUAGACGGCGGGGGCCGAUAAAGUACACCAAUUCUAAGAACAGUAGCAGGUGUUCUUAGCAAGACUUCCAUGUAUUCAAAAGAUAAGAAGCUGGUCACAUAUUGUUUCUCGAUCUUGUAUCAUUUAUUGUACAGUAGACCAACACCACCACCAUAAUUAUUCAUUCGAGGAAUAUGCAUAAACGCAAACCCUGGAGGACAGAGUUCACUUAUAAUGUUCGCCGUCUGUUGAUUAUUCAAGUCUAGCCAAGUUUCUGUUAUCGCCAACAGGUCUAUUUGAUUCUCAGCCAUAGAAUUGAGUUAUUUCAGCGCUUAGUCACUUGCUUUACAUUCAUAAAUAUAUAACAAAUACAUGAAAUACCGUACUUAAAUUCUAGCAGUUUUGAGCCCAACAAGACUAACUGGGGACAUGUAAAAUGUUAGACGGUUUGCUGAAGCGUGGAGAGUUGAUUGUAUGCUCGACGCUUUUUUACUUGCUCACGAAAAAUUAUUAAACGAAUAAAUAUUCAAAUCAUUGAGGCAAAAUUACGUCAAGAAAAGUUUUAAGCAAUAAGAAUCAAGCACCUUUAUGGAUAAAGAGAACGAUUUCUUUGUGAACUGCUAUGGCAAUAAAUUUGGCGAUGUUUACCGUAUAUAAAUGACAGAGUAUCAAAUUACUAUGGAGUAAAUGCAAAUUUUGAGAUUUUUCUAUCUUAACGAUGACUUCUAAAACGGCACAUUAUGAAUUGUAACUGCAGAGGAAACAGAGAGGAGUAUUUGCUAGUUUCAUCCUGUCACCCUCAACAUACCAAACGUGCUAUUCCUUUUAGCCUCGCACUUCGCCUGCGUCGCAUUUGCGCUAACCCAGACAAUUACAAACUACGUACUAACGAACUUAUAGAUUAUCUUGCUAAUCGCGGUUACGACAAAACCUUUCUUAGGCCCGGUUCAGACGCCGAACUUUUCAUGAGCCGAACCUAGUACAUUGAAUUAAGUACAUGAAAAGUUCGGCGUCUGAAUCAAUUAGGAACGCUUGUUUCAAUUUGGAACGGCUCAGCCGUUCUUUUCGCCAAGCCUGGCCGGGAAUUUCGCCUUUGGAAAGACUUUGGAACGGCUUCGAUUCAGACGCCGAAGCUAAUGCAUAAAUUAUUAUUUCUAAGCAGUUUGACCGAAAUGAGCAUGUUUAUUUCGGCUGGAAUUAAGAUCGGCGUAUGAAUCAAUUCAGCCCGUCCAAAUAAUUUGGGGGGCGUCGAUAAAACUCGGAACACGGAAUAUUCCGCAGCCAGAACAUUGCGGAAAAUCCCGGAACAUCCCGGAACAUGAAAAAAUAAAAAAAUAAAAAAUCAUGAAAAAAAGAAAAAUAAUAAUAAAAUGAUUUUUGUAAAAAUUAAUAAUAACGUAAAAUAACGAAAAAAAAAAGAAAAGAAAAAGAAAGAAAUAAAAACGAAGAAACUCGUAUGAUCUACGAGUAUGAGAAAACAAUAUUUUGUCGCAAAUAAUUUGUUGGGCGAGUGAGGGUCCAUGCAAAUGAUAUUAAUUAGUGAAGGCUUGCUUCUAAAUUCAAAAAAUAUUAAAAUGGGUCGCGAGGAGGAGGGUUUUCAAGCUUUUCUCACGCAGCCACCUCUUGCAUUGUUUGCCAUGCGGUUUGACGGUUAUCCAUUUACGGCUUUGCGACCGUAAGAAGAGCUUAGGUGCUCGUCGCUUUGGACUUUAGUGGAUAAGAUUCACAUUUGCCGCGAGUAGUGGCAGUGGCAGUGGUAGCGCAGCGGUAGUUUCUAACUGUUAUCAAUUGGCCUGAAUUGUAGCCGUCUCCAUCCCGAGUCGCAAGUGAAGUUUGCGACUCGAGGAGAUGGCUGCAAUUCAAGCCACAGUCCCCUGUUUUCUUCCGCCAAGUUGAAGAUGGUGAUCGCCGCUGUCAAAGUGAUUUGGAUAUCCUCUGACGACAAAACUGGUGAGAGCGAGGUUGGUGCUUAAAUUCGAAUGCUUUGCCAACGUGUUUGUUGCUUUGAAUUUUGUGACGUUACUGGAUUUUAGUGAACAAGCUUUCAUUUUGGAAACACUAAUGAGCAGCUAUUCUCGGCGACUAGACUUUCUUAAACUAAAUCCUUAUGUUGACUGUUCAUCCCACAUAAUUACAAAAAAAAAAACGCAACGUCACAGGGGACGCUCAAGUUAAAUCACUUUAACAGCGGCGAUCACCAUCCUCAACCUAGUCAAUCGGCUCCUGUCUGUAAGUAAUUCAUGUCAACCUCAAGAAAGCAAAGCACCUCAAGUAAGCAAAUGUAGGUUAUAUAGGGAGACUAUAUGUUGGCUUGACACCAGCUACUUACCGACUUAGCUUGACAUGAAAUACUGCACCGACAUUUCAGACCAUGGCAGAGCCUUAAAUGGAUAACCGCCAAAUGAUUAACUCAUGGCAAACAAUUACAAGAGGUGGCUCUGUGAGGAAAACCCCCCUCCUCGCGACCCAUUUCAAUAUAUUUUGAAUUUAGAAGCAAGCCUUCAUUCAUUGCUAUCAUUUGUAUGGACCCUCACUCGCCCAACAAAUUAAUUGCGACAAAAUAUUGUUUUCUCAUACUCCUAGAUGAACAGAUACCAGUUUCUUUUUUCUGUUAUUUCAUGCUAUUUUGUUAUUAUUAAUUUUUACAAAAACUAUGUUAUUAUCAUUAUUUCAUUUAAUUAUUUUUUUAUGAAAAUAAUAUUUUAUUUUUUCAUGUUCCGGGAUGUUCCGGUAUGUUCCAGAAUGUUCCGUGUUCCUGGUUUUAUCGACGCCCUAAUUUGGGUCGGUCUUAAUUCGAAUUAGGUUUGGCUCAUAAAAAGUACGGCGCCUGAACCGGGCCUUAAGAUCCAAAUACAACGAGCUUCCGACAUUCUUCGCACUGACGCACUUACAAACAUACCCAAGACUCAGACUGAAAACACCCCUUUCGUCAUUUCUUAUACUCCAACCUUGCGCAUAUCAUUCACAAGCAGUCUAACGUGCUAUACUCAUCAGAUCGUUGUAGAAAUGUUUUUAAAAACCGUCCGUUAGUAGCUUAUCGCCGUUGUAAAAAUAUUAGAGAAAUCCUCGUUAGAGCCCAGCAUACUAACAGCACCGACACCAGUAACUCCCGACCCAGCCCCGGGUUCCUUUCCGUGCAGCAACAGGAAUUGCACCACCUGUCCCUAUAUUGAACAUGGCCGUAAUCAAUACACUUUUCAUGCUACAGGUGAGACCCGCCACAUCAAAUCUCAUAUCACUGGUGAAACUUUUAAUGUUAUCUAUUUGGUUCAAUGUCGCCUGUGUAAUCUACAACAUAUUUGAGAAACUAAACGUCGGCCUCAAAGACCGCUUUAAUGAAAACAGACGACCUAUACUCAACCCUACUGGUAAAUACAUCCAUACUGCAGUUUCAGAACACUUUCUAACCAGUAAUCAUUCCGACAAUCAUAUGCUUUUGAUUCCUAUUGAAAAACUUAAAAAUGGGCUUGAUUCUUUCAGGAAAGCACGUGAAGCCCACCUUAUCCAUAAAGCUAAGACAAUUGAGCCUCUGGGCAUCAAUAAACGUGAUGAUAAACUGUAACUAUAUAUAGUAUAUCUUUUAUUCUUUUGUUAUCUUGUCUUUUAAAGUGCCCAUCACCUAAAAUUUUUUAUUUUCUUAUCUGAAGCUAUACCUUAUUAAAAUAACUUCUGCCGAAAAAUUUUGCGGUUUGAACAAAACGCGAUUUUUUUACCAAUUUUUGAAGUCUACAUUUUUGCGGUACACUCGCGCCGCUUAUCAUGCAAACUAGCAAGCUCACAUAUAAAGUCAUGUGACGUAAAUUAAGGAACUCGCAUUACCUUGCCUUCACCAGCUGUACACAAAAAAGAUAAAUUUCAAGUAAGGAUUGAAUCACAAUGUCUUCGUAGGAAGAAAGUUUUUCUGAAAAAGAAAAACCUAUCAGAACUCUUAAUGUUUUCCUGUCGAUAAGGUCACGUGUUCCUUAAAGUACGUCAUAGGCCGAGAGAAGACUAAGACGAAUGGUGUGUCAAAAUGGCGGCAAAUUUGAACGUUUUUAAAAAAUUCUAAAAAAAUCAUCUUCGGUUCAAAUCGCAAAAUUUUUUCGCAGAAGUUAUUUUGAUAAGGUGUAGUUUCAGAUAAGAAAUAUAAAAUUUUAGGUGAUGGGCACUUUAACGUAGCCACACCAUACCACGUCAUAUUAUAUAAUUUCCGGUCAUUAUUUUACUUCAUACAUAUUUCUGUGAAUUCGUGAUAUCUCAAUAAACCUGAUGAAGACUUGUAUUGGCCAAUCGAAAUAUCGCAACUAAAGGGCUUCAUUUCACGUUGUUUGAUCACCUGUGACGUUUUCAGAAAAGAGAUAUUCAUCGAUAUUCGACAAAUCGUCUAUUAAACUAAACACGCAAAGUUUUGCGCUCUUAGCGAAUUUGUUUAAAUAUGUUCCGUCUAGCGCUGGCACCUGUCGCCGACAGAGGCGGGAAGAGCUUCUCACGUUUCGUGCUUUAACUAUUGAAAAUUCUUUAGAAUAUUGAAUUGAAGUUAAAGCCUAAAAUUAGAGCGUUUUCACUCACGAGACCAGCAUCUAUGCAAAUUUAUUGGAACAAAAAAGCGUUUGCAUAAUAAAAGAGUUCAACUCCCACAGGAUUGGUUUGGGACACCAACAUGGCCGCCGUGACGUCGUGUGAAAACAAACAAAAUUAUUUUAUUUUCACUCUUUGCGGUUUGUUUGGUAUUUAAUAAGAUAGAGCCACAUGUCCCAACGCUAGGAGUGUGUGUCAGGGUUAGAAAUCGAUCAUAAUUUAACAAUAUGCCUGUUAAUUCAAGGAAAAAAUGUUUUGAAACCAUGUAGAGGUAUGCAGUGUUUUUUGUUCCCUGAGGCAGCUACGAGAAAUAAAAUUUGCUAUCAGACAGUGGGAAAAGCCAUCUCAGGGUUGAAAACUCAAAAUUUCCAGGCUCAGUUUCAAGCUCUUUCCGGGAAAGGGCUUCGCUCUUUCAAAAUAUGCUCCUGUUACUUUGCACUAUUCUCCUGCUACUGCAAUUCUUAAUUAAACCCCUUAUAUUUAUUGAUUCAUUGAUGAUAUUUUAGGGAUUUUUUGGUUUUGUAAUUUUCUUUGCCUAUUUUUUUGUAAUUAAGGGUGUUCCGGGAGGUACGUCCCUUCAAGUAAAAUUUGUUCUCGUCUUUUAACUUAGAUUCAACUAUCAACAGUUCAAAGAGUACAGACGGCAAAUUUCAGCUUCGACAACGCACGCAAGAAUGGAAUCCAUUCGACUCAAGCUCAUCGAAACAGACGAUAUUGCAGAGUUAAUUGACGUGAUGAGAAAUCUCAACAUUGAAACAAAAGGAUGCAGAGAUGUUGAGCAGAUGCGAGAUCGAAUUUGCAAGGUCUUAGAAUUCCGUGAACACCAGCUGGACCCAAAUAAGGUAUUUAUAAUUAUAAAUCGUAACACCAUAAUUAUGCAGUGAAUUCAUGAAAAGUCCUUUCAGAUUACUUUUUGCACAGAUAAGUUUGAGACGAUUUCUCGUUAAUUUAGCCGUGUUAAAUUAAUGAAAAAUGAAAAAUAUAAAUAUACAAAAUAUAAAAGCUUUCCGCCGCAGAGGCCUGUUUGUAUCGUUGGGGGAGCAGAACAACGGUGUAUCUCAUGCAUGAAGCUUGUUUCCUUACAAAUUUUGAUGUAUGCGUGCUAGAGAAACGGGGAAAGAAAAAAUACUACGAUUGAGAACAUUGUCUGGAUGUUUAGAUGCUAGGGUCAGUAAAGACAUAUUUCAUCAUAAGUUUGUACACUUUUACAUCUAAAAUAAUUCAGUUCGACGUAUUACUUUAUACUAUAAUUAUGCUUUCUUCAUCGCGUAUGUUCAAUGACGAGAAAUACAUUUCUGAGAAACAUGCCCCAGUAAAAGGUGUGGGUAGAUAAAAGAUGUUGGAUCGAUUUUCACUAUGUUGGAGUGAUUUUACUGACAGAGCUAACUCUCGUUUGGGGGAGUUGCGAAAAGUAUGAUAGCUUGAGCUAAUAGAAAGUACAUAGAAAGCAAAUACAAAGCACAGUAAAUGAGGAAGAGCAUAAGCCAACACUCAAACUGAAUGAUUUUCUCGGAAAUAGACCUUGUUCACGAUACCAGCCAUCUUUGCACAGAUUAAGGCGUCGCCACGUGGUUUCUCAGGGGAAGGCCGAGAAACUUGGCAAGUCCGAACAACCGAGACGGGUAACUUUUACAUUCGGACAAGGACAAAGAUGAUCCAAGUUGUCCGAUUGGACAAGUAAGUUGUAGAGCUCUGAAGUUGCCUGACUUUGGAUAAAUAAUAAAUCAUUUUUGUUCCGUGUUUUAUAACUAAGUGCCGUGAAAAUAAACUUUCUAUUGUGUAAGUCGUGUGUUUGAUUUCUUCGUUCGAAGCGUCCCCAUGGUGAUUUCCACGCGAUCCUCGCUGUACAGCAUAAUUGCAUGCACAUCAAUCACACGUGCUUGUCAGCAACGAUCAAAUCUUCUCGAAGGCAUCUUUGAAAUUUGAUGACACCUGAGAAAAUUUUGGUAGGUGAAAAACAAAUUGUUCUCACUAGAAAUGGUUUCCUGUCGACAGAUUAUUUUGCAAAGCAAACAAAAUUUGGCAUAGUGUGAACAGGGCCUUACAUAAUUUCUGUGAUUUAUAUAAAAGUAAACUUUGAGUACUAAAUAUCGAUGAUGAGAACGUUUCUUGGAGUGUAAAGACUUGUUUGAAAGACUUCAAGGAGACCAAAAACGAAGGUGUUUUGAAACAGCUGUGGACACCGAUGUAGCCGAUGAUGUCAUCGCUGAUCGGUGAACUGGAAAGUACAGUUCAGUAGAGGCACAGGCAGCCCAAGCUCGGGGCAUAAAUUAUCGCAUAUUUUCAUAUUCUUUUAAUUUUAAGAGCGAUUUAUGCAGUUUACUGAUUUGUGUGAAAAAUAAAACGUAGUUAUCAAACGUAAAGAUAAUAUAAGUGUAAAUGUAGAAAAACACUUUACUUACCAGAAAUUGGGAGCUUUCUCUGUGUAACCUGGGCUCAAUCUGUGGCCAUUUUCUAGGGGUUUGGGGUUCGUUUUGUUGGGUGUUGUUUUCCCGCAUAGUGCCAAGCAAGGCUGGUUACCGUGUGCAACCUCAACCACAAAAUUGCCCUCGCAUCACAAAACAACGGGCUGAUAUACCAUAUGAGUAUCAAAUCCUUAAGGCCACUGUUAUAAGUCUCUCAUCUUUUCCGCUUGUCAUAGGUAAUGCGAUGCAACUUUGGUUUGAAAAAAAUUUAAAAAGCCUUCGGUUCUGGGCAAUCUGGCGUGCACUCAGGAAUCCUGAUGGCUAUGCGUGGCAUGGUGAACGGCUCGCGGAUCCACAAAACAUUGCCAACGGUUAUGAUAUAGCUUUAUCAUCAACAAUACGCUCUAAAAGCGUUGACUCGACCUUGCUUGGAGAUAAGAUGAGACCAGACUAGGUGAUCCGCCGACCGUGUGACUUUGCAUCCGGGAACUUGAAUAAGACGAGUGUGAGAGAAAAGUCCAGAGGUGUUUAUCUGGCAAUAGGCUGAGUUUUUCCGAGUUAUUCGAUGAUAUUUCGCUUAUGUUAAACGUGAGAAGAUUAUGCGUGGUUGUGAAUAGUCUUAUCAGUGCCGCGAAAGUGUGUGAUUGUGUGAUUUCCGCAUGGUGCUGACAGGUAUGUGAUCGCGUGGUUGAACUUCGGUUUCGCCAAAAUAUUCUGUGCCAGCCAUUAAUAUUGUUUCGUCGUUGUUUAGCUUAGCUGAUUGUACCUUGGAAAAGAACCUCUCGACUCAGGAAAAUUGGAUCUAUGUCUAAUUUCAGCGGGCUCUAAUGGCAUUGCACCAUAGGCCGAUUUUUGCAGAUAAGAAGGUGACAAUUUGUGCACUAUAUUUCAUUCAGUUUGUUGUCUAUUCCAUGCGGAAUCCUGUUGUUUAUCGGACCGGGAAAAAAGUAGUGUUUUUCAAACUAUUUAAAUUGUUACGUAAGCCUUAACCAGGUACUCUUUCGCUGCAGCUCACUCAACUUAAAAAUUUCUAGACUGAAAUGACAUCCGUUUGAAACUUCGCGAAGUCAGUUUACUGAAUAAAUGAUCUAAAGUUUGCGUCAUUUUAAAUUUGGACUUAUUGGAGUGCUUCUAGGGACCAUUAACGUACUGCCUGGCGUCAUAUAAAGGCUUUUAAUCGGCCUUUGAAUGAGUUUUGUUGUUUUAAAUUGCCAAGCAGUAGAAUAAGUUGAUAUUUUUGCUAACCCGGUUUUCAAAAAUCCGGGUAUAUAUAUAAGAAAAAACUAUAAGACUGGUUAAAUUUUCGUGAUUUUUUUAUGAUGUUCAAAAUUAGGAUGUUAAAUUUUAGCAAUGAAUAGAAACACCACACCGUGUAGUCUAGGAGCAAUGGUAUUCGCGUGAGAUUUUUGUGAUGAUUUCAAGGGACCAGUGCAGAAGUGUUAAGGGAGACCUAAGGAAAAUGUUUAAUGUUGUCGGCACUUUUGUAUUGCGUGCAGAGGACUUCCAGCGUGCGUUAAAGAAAAGCACUGUACUGCCUUGCAGGAGAACGAGGCUGAACAAUAAAACGACUAAAAAAUGGCCGGUUAUUGGAAUUUGGGUAUAAACUAAAAUCAGUUUCGAUAGUCUAAGAUGUCUUACUUGAUAAGUAAUUGAUGGCGACACUUCUAUGUGAUCACGUGACCGAAAGUAGAGACUUAAUACAAUGUGGUCCUUAAAGAGUGCUAACAUUUAUACCUUUUCACAUAAACUCAUUGAAAGUCAUAUUUUUCAACAAAUUUCGUCUUUCUAAUCUUUCUACUGCUGACUGUCGGAGUCGUCGUAUUCAAUUUUCAGUGUAACAGUAUCUUCACAGGCAUUUUCACAGGGAUCAUCACUGUCACAGCAAGAACUGAGAUUGGUGCCUUAUUUCCGGCAGUGGCAUGGACUGUUUGAGCAUCGGUUCUUUUGACAGCCGCAUUUGGCCAAUUGGACGAUUGCUUCAGGAGCACGUGCUUCUUUUGUCAUAACGGGGAUACACUAGUUUAUCCUCCCUCUUCUACCACCCGAAUCCAUCUGGCUGUGGCAAAGUAGGACAGCACACUUUAUCAUUGUUCAAAGCUAUCAUUUGAUAGUGGGUGCGGAGAAUUGCCUCGUAAAGUGCCCCUUGUGUUGGUGGAGGCCUAUCCGAUUCUGCCUAAUUUUUUCUGAACAUAUGCCAUCUUUGUUCCUUGACUUGCGAGAUCGGUUCCGGGUUUACAAAACUAGCAUAUAAACUUCUCCAUAAGGGCCAACAUGUCGUCUGGCGGAUGUACUGUGAUUUCAAGGUUUUCUCAAAGCAGUUAUCGUAUCUACUGCUGCGUCUAUGAACGUUUUCCAGCAUAAAAGUUUCCCUUUACAAGAAAAACGCCCGCUGAUAUCAUGAUCAGCCCCGCUGAGCGCGUGGAACAAAUCACCUCCUUUUCUAACAUCUGCAAUAAAAUUAAGCAUCAUUCAAUGUUAAGGUUGAUACUCUAACAGAAUUUAUGUCAAAUUGCUAGUCAAAUUGCCGAAAUACUGAUUUCUACUAGUCUCAUGUUAUUGAGCAAAGUCAUCUCGUAAACAAUACGCGUUCUUUCACGUACAAUGUACAAAUUGUAAAAGUGGCAAAGUUCAACAUCUUCACUUGCAAAUCGUGUGCAUGAGUUAUUUUUAUAAUUCUGUUUAUUAGAUUACGUUGUGAUAAUUCGAAUUAUCUCCUGACGAACCACGAAAGGGGGCAAAGUCCAACACUUUCACGUGCCAGCUGUGUGACUGUACAUCUCCUGCAUACUGGCUUUUUACAGUAAUAAUAGUAACUUGAACGUAUGAAGACCUGUUUCGUUUUGUAACCAAUGCCCUAUAAGUAAAGGCUCUUGUCUUUCAAGACGCAGCAACUUUUAAAACAUGAAGAAUUAAGUCGUCAGAGUUCAAGAUUGUUUUAUUGAGUAGAAUCGCACGUGAAAACCUCGUGAAUUAUGAUGAUGCAACCAUCGACUACAAUGAUAAAAAUCCUGAUAUUUCGUAAUUUUUCGAUAUUCGAUGAACAACAUUUUCUUGAAAAUCUCCGAAGAAACCUUCGAGUUUUCCCUCUAGUCAACAUUUAGUGAGUUGAUAUUUAUUGUACUUUAACAGUUUGUUUAACUUGCACCAGAUGUAUCGGGGAAAAACAUAGGAAAGUGAAUAUUUAAAUGAGGAACGACUCAGCUGAGCGUUUCGCGUUCUCAUUCAUGCACAGCAAUACCCAAUUUCGCACAAUUAAAAACAGUCUAUAUUUUGGAUGAAAAAGGUAGAUUCAUCAUUCUUGGUGACACUGAAGCCUUCAAAAUAGCUCAUGCACGUUAAAAGUGCGUAUGUUUUGAUCUCUGGCAAUGAUGUAAAUUCUCUGGAAUGGAGGCCCUUGAAUUUCCGUGUACUUGUACACGCAUAUAGCCUGCGACCUAAGACGUAUUUCCGGUCGUUGCUAGUGCGCGUAAUAAUUCGACUCAGAAAGAAAUAAAAAGUAAAUAUCCAGACGUAGGGAGUGAAAAACGGUUAGCGAGUAAAUCCUGUUUCGUGUAGAAUUAAUCGCCUCCUCAUUUUUCUAUCUAUUCUCAAAGCAAGCAAGACUCCGCUCUAAGAGCGUUCUUGUUGUGUACUAAAAUAAUACGAAGAAAAAAACGACUUCGUAUUAUGAGUCUUGCUGCUUACGCAAGCGAGACUAAUAAUACCUUUUUUUACCUCCACGGUCAUGAAAAAAUAAAAUUUAAACGUCAGUGGGGUCACUUUCCAGGCCAUUUAAAUAGCGCUUUGCAUUUAUGACGUCACAAAUUUAUGGUCCCUGCUGUGACUCAGACAUUGAACCCGACCAGUAUAAGAGUUUUGUAUGGGAAAGAUUUUAUCGUCAAUAGAAACAAAAUCUAGCUUGUUUUCAAUAGCAUAUAUCCUGGAGAUAUAAUUAACGCGUACCAAGACAACGUUAAAGAUGAAAAAAAAAACCGGUUGAUGCCGUGUCAUUAAGUUAUGUUACGGCAUUUUACUAAGAAAUGUGUGGAGAGCAGAGCGUCAGAGGUGUUCAUAAAACGGUGCAUUUGGUUAAAUUUAUAGGCAAAGGUUACUUUUUUUCUUGUUUUCGAGUGCUUAUUUUCCGCUACUUAGUAUUACAGGAUAUUAAGUACUGUAUUCUUAUAGUAUCUAUGCCUGGCCGCACAACAACAGAACAAACUUAUACAAUUUCCGAUUUCUGCUGUUGUUGGUGUGCCUUUCAGCUUAGAAAUUUUGCCACAUGCUUGCGAGAAACACAUACAAACUCGAUUUACUCUUUAGCAAUUUCGGUUUUGGAAUAUUACACAGCCAGAAAUAAUGUUAUGUCAUGUUUCAGUGCAUAGAGUGCUAUCUGACUAAGACAGAGCUAAGGAUUCGAUUUCAGUAGCCUUCUUUGAUCAAAUCGCUUUAUUUUUUGAUGUUAAUCAUUUAUUUGAGUUACCUGGACCAGGGUUUGCUACCUAUAACAGUAGUAACUUUUAUGUAUUAGAAUAAAGUUCAAAAAACAUUUUAAAAACUCUCCCUGCGAAUUUUACGAACAAUUUUUAUGUCGAAAACGCAUGUUGCUCAUUCAAAGCCUUUGAGUAGAAUGCAAAGUUUGUGUGAGUCACGCAGGGGGUCUAAGGUGACAAAACCUAUUUUCAGUAAUAGUGCAAAGCGCUAUUGAGAGGUUUACCGGCUCAAAUAUCAGGGUUCAUGAAACUGGGUAUCUUUCUCCGUUAAUUGCAAGUAGUAUUAUUUCAUAAGGUUUUUGCAAAAAAAAAACUUUUUCAGGCAUUCCAGGUUAUUUCAGAUGCACAAGCAAUGGAAAAGCAGAAGACGUUAAAACUUAGUGAGUUUUAUUCUGAUGUUGAAAAAGUAAUACGUGAUCUUGAUGACACCUUGCUAAAACUGCUGAAUACAAGCGAUGGAGAUGUUCUCGAGAAGAUAAAAAGCAGAAUGGAAGAAAUAGAGAACAAGGAAUACGUGGUUCUUGUGGCAGGUGCGUUGAAUCUAGUUCUCUACAAGUACAAAUUAAAGAAAUCAGCAUUAAUUUAUAGCCAUACAAGAUGCUAGUGCUGUGCAAUUAAUUAAUAAAUUAUACUUUAUUCUUUUGAGUUUACGGGAAAGCACAUAUCAGCUUUUCAAUGUUUUAUUUCCUCAUCCCCCUCUACAUAAAAAGGCAACCGUGCUUUCUAAGUGUUAUUUUAUAUAUAUUUUUUAAUUUAUUCAUUCUAUAUUAUAUUUCUCAAUCUCAAUUACACGGCUAAAAAGGUUUUGGUGCUAACUGUUUUACCGCGCGAAGGCGUUGGACUACAGUAAUACUCUGCUCGUUCUGAUGUACCGUAGGCCUCAGUUUUAGGAACGUAUCAAUUCCAAGGGGCGCCAAUACAUAUCUUCCCAGUUCUCGCCAAAUCACGAUAUUUUGCCAGCUAAUUCUUCCUUUAAUGCUCCAUCCACUGCAUCAUUAAAGUUAAGAAUGAUAUUUUGAUGUCUAUGAACGAGCAACAUGUCACCCUGCUCGUGUUAUUAGAUUUAAGUGCCGCUUUUGACACAAUACAUCAUGAUAAGUUGACUGGUAGGGGUGAGUCUGAUUUGAGGAAUAACUGACAAUGCGCUUUCCUGGUUUAAAUCGUAUCUAUCUGACUGGUUCCAACGUGUCUCCGUAAAUGGUAGUCUCUCCUAUCAGUUUCCUUUAAAACAAGGUGUCCCUCAAGGUUCAUGUUUGGGCGCCUUGCUUUUCACUUGCACUUGCUUUACACGCGCAAACUGUUUCAGAUCGUUGAACGCCACCUCCCACAAGUCCACGCGGACUUGGGAGGAAAAACUUAGCACGUUGAGCGCAUAAAUCUGGAUAUCAAGGAUUCUCGUAGUUUUUCAUAAAAUUCGGAAAAUUGUGGACUCCAAAUUAAUCGUCUAAAUGUGCGCUGUGGACGAUUUAGUGGGUGGAGUUGCGGUUCAAAUUUUUUCUUUGGUUUCCAAUUUUUUGUACCGGUUUAAAUUUUUCAAACUGGCUCGAAAUUUUUAAACUGGUUCAAAAUUUUUAAACCAGUUCUUUUAUCAACGUCUGAAAAAGGGCCUUUCCUUUUUUGGAGUGUGGUUGAAAAAAUAGGGCUUGGCUUUCUUGGGGGUUCUUAAAAAGAAUUAGUACUUAUCAGCAAAUUUCAUUUCAACAUUUCUUUUGCAUCUCACCAACCGCCCCUCCCUCCUUGUUCUGUCUUUCCCCUCCUAUAGCUAGUUUUACUAACCCCUCCUCAAACCAUUCAUUCAAAGCACUUAACCGCAAUCACAAAACUGGGUGCCAAACGCUACUCGCUAAACUGUGUCCACUAUCCCUAACCUUACAUGAAAGCUAACCAUUUGAAAUAAACGCUUAACCCUACUUUAUCACUAAAAUGAGCGCUCAAUCUUAAUCACUGAAACUGUGCUGUGGCCAUAACCUUACAUGAAAGCUAACCAUUUGAAAUAAACGCUUAACCCUAAUCGCUAAAAUGAACGGUUACUAAAAUGUGACACCUUGAUGCCACAAGUUUAUUUGACACAGUAUUUUACAGGGAGAGGUACAAAUAAAUGAGAACGACUAAUGUGUUGAAAAAUUUCUAACCAGUUUGAAAAAUUUCAAACCAAAGAUUAAAUUUGAGCAACAACAGAGUUCUCGUACAAUGAACGAGUCAAAACUCACGAUUGUGAGCGUAACGUAUCACCAAUGAUAUUAAUAGGUGAUCAAAUUUUAUUUCGUGCCGAUAUUGGGAAAUAAUUUUAUUUGUGAUUCAUCACCAUUUGAUUACAUAAACACACUGUUUUUGUCUGUAGAGUUUUUACAGUCGUGUUCCUGAUCUAGUCCCAUUUGUCCGCUUAUCUUUCAUCUCAGGAGAAACUAGCGCGGGUAAAAGCAGUAUGUUAAACCUUAUUCUGGGAGAAGAACUUUUGCCAUUCUCAGCUUUAAGCACAACGUCUACCAUCUGCGAGCUUAAGUAUGGACAAAAAAAGAAGAUAAGGGUACACUACAAGCAAGAAGAAGGAGGUGUCGAGGAGAUAUACCUGGACGAGUCAUCUCCUUACAUGGAUCAGAUAUCUAAAUUUGUUCAUGCCAAAUCAGCAAGUUUAAGGGAAAGCGCUCCACAGUACGAAAAGGUGGAGCUUUUUUGGGACCAUGAUUUGCUCAAGGUGAGAAGCAUUCCAGUCUUAGCUAAGAAAAUAUAAGCAGCUGGAUCCUAUCCUGUUGACGGAACGUAAUAGUACAGUGUUCGUUAUUUGCAAUUCGUAGACUAAAAGAAACUGAUCGAUUUCUGAUCACGACUAAACCAGUCACCACCAUGGUACCAGCUGGAUGUCCUUUGAAAUGCUGCCCGGUAGUACACUCGUGGUUAACAUAUGGCCACAAUAUUCAUGGACGUGCUUAUCACGAGUUAACCUGAGUAUCAGCAGGGGUUAGGAGAGAGGAGAUCUUAGAGGGGAGGGGGGAAUAGAGAGAGUCGUACGUUGUUUGUUCGUAUUAACGGUAGACGAACGCAUAGAAACGCACCAAUGACAUUUAGAGUCUUCAUAACCAAUAUCAUCGCGGCUCAACUGACAAGCGACCAAUAACAUCGCGACUUAAUUAACCAAUCAACUCAAAAACCAGAGUAUAAUACCAUCAACUGACUUGAUACACUGACUCACUUUGACUCUGAAGAUGACUACCGCACAGGAUGCCGAAGCGUCACUCAUUGUCAAGAACAGUCCCAUUCAGGACUACGCUCACCCAAACGAUCACGCUCUACCUACUUAUGAAUUGAUUCCUGGGUUCAAAUCUUUCACAGCUAUAUUUCUUUUUUUUCAGACAGGAGUAGUAAUCGUUGACAGUCCUGGUAUUGGGGAGUCAGAUAUCAUGGAUAAUAUUGUUGUCCAGUAUUUACCAAAUGCCUUUGCCUUUAUUUACGUCAUUAACAGCACAAUGGCUGGCGGCGUUCAGAAAGAUCGGGUAAGUGUCAGUAGUUUACAAACGAACAAAUAUUCUGAGCACACUAGUUCAUAAUAUGAAGAAUAUUAAUAUAGGGCAUUGGACAACUGCAACUUACGGGGACUUCACAUUUGUUGGCCGUCCCUUUAGUUUUAAAGACCUUAAAACAUUAGACCUAAAGAAAGCUGCUGUACGGGAGUCUGUACUCUAGUCUAGGUGUUGCUUUCGAGAUUUACUUUUUGUUUCUAGCGCAACUUCAGCUAUAUUUUUGUUGAUUGACCUAAUUUUAAUUUACAUUAUCACCAAACGUUAAUGCUACUUGAAGAUCCAACGAAAGUGUUUUUAUAAAUUGAAGUCCCCUAAGGGUUUCCUGCUCUUGCUAAAAGUAACCACACAAAUACAUGAACCCGUUUCAAGUUGUCCUUGGCUGAGAACGUGUACGGAAAAAGUGGUGUAAGGUCUGACAAAAGAAUUUGACGUGCAAUGAGCAUAUGGAAUCAUGACUUGCCUAACUGAAACAAUUUUAAAGGCUUCAGUUGUUUAUAGUGCAAAGUGCACUUAGCUUAGGCACUCUACUCAAAUAAGUAAAAACAAACAAUUCAAAUACAACAUAACAGGACUGGCAGAAGGCAACCAUUUGGCUAUUUACAAGCGUGGCCGAGAAUUUGAACUCGGGACAACCGAGAACAAAUCCAGCAAGUGGAUAGAGCGAGACUCGAACCAGGGACUGCCGGAUUGCGAGUCCGACGCGCUGGCCACUCGGCCACGCUGCCUUUUAACAAAGGAUUAGCAUGUUGACGCGCGAGUCAAACGAGUCCUCCCGUUGAUGAGGGAGAACUCUUCUUCUGGGGAGACAGAUGAUACUAUGCUUGAUUUAACAGCCAUACAAAAUAAGGCUACCGAAGGCAAGUUACCCUUGAUUGGAUUAAGUAUUCGUCAUCGUCAUCUACAGUGUACUGACGCUCUCAAGGGGGCCGGAGCUAGAGUCGUAACUGGAAAAACUUAUGACCCUAGCUGGGCGGUCUUGGACUUUUUAAAGCUUCAGAGCUAGUCCUGAGCUCAGACCCUCCCAAACAACGCUGCAAUAAUCAAGUUAGGGCUGGAUGAAAGAGACGUACAUUGUUUGGAGGAUGGACGGGGUCUUGGAGUCAGACACAGACGUUGUACAUGUUUAGGCACUAUUUUUGCUGUCGUGUAAUAGGGCGAAAAUGAUGUGGAACAGGAAGGCAAAUAUUUAGCAAAAUCUGAAUGAUCUUGGUCGGGUCUACAGUUUUGCUCAGCCAGCUUCGGGCUAAUGUUAACAAAGUAUUCGUUGAAAGCAUUGGUGAUGCCUCAGGGGUUUGUUAUAUCUUGUUUUUCGUGAAUCAACUCCAUGGCUCGUUGAUUUUUCAUUUUUCUUCCUGUCACCUUAUUUAUUGCUCUCCAAUUAUCUCUAGGUUCAGAACUAUUACUAGUAAUAGUUGACACUAUAGCUGCCCCUGCUCUGUAUCAGGUCGAUUUACACAGCUUUGAUCAAAACAUUCUCAGUUUCGAGAAUAGUUUAUUCUAAACCAUAAGGAAAGAUUUAAUCAUAAGUUGGAUUUUUCGCAAUCUCUCUUUCACUUUUUACAUUCAGCUCAUUUUAUUUGCCGGAAAGGAAGCCUUAGAAAUUAAAAGGACGUUUGAUCAAUUCACACUCGCCAAUUCUAGUCUUAUUUUAAACUUUAUAGCGGAAGGACAUCUGUGAGCAGGGAAUACGUCAGCACAGAAUUUGAUUGUCUACGAAUUUCUGUGAUCGUCCAUAGUUCUGCUAGUGAGAAGCUAGCCGUUGUUCACUCGUCUUGCUUGUUUGGGGCUCAGUCUUAUUCCGGUCAAAGAGAGAGAGUGUCUGGCAAGGUUUCCACUGAAAGAUUUAUGAACUCGUGUCUGGCAAACUCUCCAAGCGUUUAUAUAUACACAGUUAAUAAUACACGCACCUUAUAACUUCCUCUGCGCUUAACGAGUGUCGUUAAAAUCUUGGUCCAUAGCUUUCACUGAAACAACUGCUCCACAGAAUGUCACAGAUAACACAUAACGCAAAAGAGUGUCAAAGUAUGACUUCACAAUAAAUGUCGUAAAAUCUAUCUAAGCGGUCUCUUGGGGAUGUUCUGUCUUUACGUCAUCCUAACCAUUUCAUACUUGCGGGCGCAAACAAUAGAAACGUCAUCAUUACCUACCGAUUCCUAGCGGCCCCUAUAUUGACUGUAUGACUGUAUAUUUCAACGUAUAAGUACUUUCCUUAAUACACGCGCGAGUUACAAGAGUGCCUUCUCGGGAUUUCGCCUUCUGGGCGAAAUUCCUGCGGGGGCAAUCAGCAAUCUCACUUUCAUAAUAUUCGGUUUUCGUUAGUUUUAUCAACUUAUUCGUUUCAUUUUUUGAUUUUACGUAGCACGGCCAGAAUUUUCAUUGUUAGUUCUGAUUGCAGUUUUCUUAAAGGGACAAUGUCCCGAUUAUGCCCACAAGCGAGCGUCAUCUGUUUUUUCUUCAAAAGACAACAGAACUGUCAUACUGAUUUGACAAGAUUUCCUUCCGGACCACACCGCCGACGGAGGUUUGUUGUUUACAUUCUCAAGUAAUAUUUUAGACUUUUCAAGACGUUUUUCGUCUUAUUUAAAAUUUGGCUCGCGACACGAAACCUCAUCGUGAUUUUAUAGCUAGCAGCUAGGGCCGCCUCGCGACCCGAAAAUCUCGUUUCGCUCGCUUUAAAAACAGCUUUUCUAAUGUGAAACUCGUGUCAGAGGUCAAUUGUUCCAAGUCCAGUAAUGUUUGCCUGAUUUAAUUUAAUUUUAAUUUAAUUUAUUCCAUUUUCACUGCAAAAACGGAAAACUUAGCUAAAUUACAUCAGAGAACAAUUAACUACAUACUAGAAAAAAAAUUAUUGCAGUGGGGAAGGACUAGAAGGGAACAUACGAACCAUUCGAGCUAGUCCACCCAAAAACUAUAACAGACACUUAAAUAAAGAAAAAGAAGAAAGAAAAAAUUAAAAUUAUAUCUUAAAUGCAAAAACUAUAAUUGCUAAGAUGUCAUAUCCUAGAUUAAUCUAAUCAGAAAUAAUUGUUACAUCGAUCACUACAUCCAAGUGACAUGCGGGUGGUCAGGGUCGAAGCUCUUCUUUUUAAAGAACUCAUUACAUUGUUUUUUAAAUAAUGAUAGGCUUAAAAUAGAGGUCCUGUUUUUAUCAGGCAGGUUGUUCCAUAAAUCUGGUAUCGAAAAAAGUGCCUUUGAAUAAUUCGGUUCUGACUUUGUUAAUCUUUAACUUAUUACUAGAAUAUGACUUAAUCUUUUGUCUGAGCAAAAGUCAAAAUAUCUUUCAACUGAAUAGCUAUAGUAACCACACUUCAGUUUAUAAAAUGUUGUUAUGUCUUUACCUUCUAUUUGGUACACCAAUGGGAGAAGAUUGAGCUACUGAAGGCGUUCAUUGUAAGUUAAAUUAGGUAGGAGAAGCCGCGUAGCACGUCGUUGGACACCCUCAAUAAGCUUUCAGGAGCUUUAUUAAGGUGACAGACUUUGGACUCCAGAUUUCAGAGGCAUACUCAAAAUGCGAACGCACCAGGGCCACGUAAAGAGAUCUAAAUGUUGCCAGAAACUGAUCGCUCCUGCUGCUGAGUAAACAACGGAUAAAACCUAACAUCUUAUUAGCUUUGUUCACCUGGGCGUAGAUGUGCUCAUUAAAUCGAGCAUCACAAGUGAUGAGAACGCCAAGGUCACGCUGAGCCCCCACUCUCUUAAGUGCCUUCCCUCUCAUAUUGUAAUCAUAAAUUAUUGGAUUGCGCUUCCCCGUUAUCGUGCAAAGCGAACCUUUAUCCAUGUUAAAAGCCAUCUUCCAAACAUCACUCCAGUCAACCAGGUUAUCAAUAUCACCUUAAAACAGCACACAGUCACUCAGGAGUGGCAGAUCUAAUAGUGCGGAAGCAUUUGGCAUCGUCGGCAAACAAUGCCAAUGUGCUACACUGAGACACAGCACAAGGCAUGUCAUUGAUGAAUAACACAAACAGAGCAGGACCAGGCAGGGAGCCCUGCGGGACUUCCGAGGUGACCGGUAACCACAGAGAGUUUUUGCCAUCGAUUACCACACGCUGCACCCUGUUAUCCAGAUAACUUGUGAGCCACCGCAGAAGAGGGCCUUUAAUUCCAAUAUGAUCUAACUUGCUGAUCAAGUGGGGGUGCGAGACUGAGUCUAAAAAAGCGACGUCAGUUUGAACACUCUGGACAAUUGCGCUUGUUGUCCAAUGCACAGUGUCCAAAAGCUGGGUGAUAUUUGAGCGUCCCUUAACAAAGCCAUGCUGCAGCGGAUAAAUAUUACCAGCGAUGAAAGAAUAGAAAUGGGCGAGUACACAACGUUCAGCAAUCUUGGAAACAAGACUUAAUAAAGAAAUGGGUCUGUAGUUGAUAACCUCCUCUUUGUUACCUUUUUUAAAAACAGGAACAGUGUUUGCACACUUUGAAUCCUUUGGGACACAGCCAACACGCAAAGAUAGAUUAAUUAAACGCGUGGGCGAGGGAGCAAUCUCAGAAGUACAUUCUUUUAAAAGUCUCCCUGGGAUUUGAUUUGAUUUGCUCGCGUUCUAGCCUCAAACGUUUUGAAAGACAAAUAAAAAUGCAAUCUCAACGAUGUAAAUCAUUGCAAAGGUUAGUCAAAAAUUAUAUUAUGAUUUCAUGGCACUAGUUUUUCUAAACAUGUAGCGCCUGUUUGCUUGAUUUAGUCGGCCGUACGGAGGUUUAUUUACAAGUUUACAAACAUAUCGUAGCAAAACAUUCUGCUUCACGAAGCUUAAUUCCACAAGUUCUCCUCAUUCACACCAAUUUCUCAAUGGUUUCUUUCUCACAGUCUUUGUUGUUGCAGUUUCAUUUCUGCAUAUUCCUUUCACAAUUAUCUGAGCUCGUACGGAAGCUAGAAGAAGAAAUAAGCCUUCAAUCAGCAUGAAAGAGCUUCCCAUCUUUUGGUCCUCCAGCCAACGGCAAUAAUAGUAACGCCAAAAAAUCCCGAUUUCGCCCAAAUCGAAACAUAACGGGAACAAUAUGUCAUUGAUCUGUGAUCCUGAGAAGUUUUAGUGUAGUAUUGAACUCUGCCAAGCGCGAUGCAAACGGAUUUUUCAAGGUUUUUGUACUCUCCUCGCAUGUUUUGAUUUCGUGACAUCCUGUCCAAAAAUCAAAGUUUGGGCAUGCGUAGUGACGGGAUACUGUUCCUUUAAGAUAGUCGCCAUGGCGCGGUUUCGAGAACACCGUUUGGUUGCUCCAGGGGGACUUAAAUAAUUUAAUUUCUAUUGUUCCCACAUGACGUAAGGAUCGUUUAAGUGCUCGGCUAAAUUAGACCAGGCACACUACAUUAGCUAAGUCUGUCUUUAAUGCCUGUUCAUUAAAAUGUUUGUUCGAGCGACAGCGAAUGUAUCUGUGACCCUCGUUGGUCGGGACAGAAGUUCGUCGAUAGAUUAUUUCAUAGUCACUUUAACCAAAUUGUAUCACUCCUGAAUACACCACCUUAUCAGGGGCGCUUGAAGAACAUGAUCAAUUAGAGAUUCACCAUAAGGUGUUAUCCUGGUUGGCUCGUAAAUCAAUUGAGUGACCGUCAGGCUCGUCAGGUAAUUAGUCACAAUUUGUAUCACCGAAAAUGAAAAUAUCUUUCUUUAGGCAUUCAAACCUCACUGUCGAAAGAUUACAUUAUUACUGUUGUGUGAUCCUCUCUAUACUAGUUCUCUGGUAUUUUCUGUGGUAAUCUCAGCCAUGUCUCGGCAACUACCUGCAGCGUAGAGACAGAACACUUUCCAAACGAUUUGAGCAAUACCAUGGACGGCUGACAAUCUGACAACUGUGCACUUCCAAAAGUGUCAGGCAGAAUAAACCUCUCACACCAGGCCUUUGCAUUCUUCGAGAUAGUUCCAAGUGCACCAGUCACGAUGGAUAUUACUGUCUCUUUCGUGACUCUAUGGAUUCUUUUAAUUUCGAGCGCUAGGUUUUGAUACCUUUACAUCUUCAUCUUCUGCUCAGUAAUAAGGAUAUUUUAGUCUGCUGGCACAGCAGUGUCGGUAAGUGUCCACUCCUGUGUGUCUUUGUGCAGUACACUAAUAUCUGGCCGAUUGUGCUUCGGACACCUGUCCGUAAAGAUAGUUAUACAGUAAAAACCCGCGUAUAAGAACCUAGUGAUUUAAGAACCUACAGGCUGAAAUUUUGCAUUUUAAUACCCAAAUAUAUAAGAACCUAUUCAGCCUGACAAAGAAAAAUAGGUUCUUAUAUAAAAAACACUCCAGAUUUGAAGUUCAAAUUCUGGAUUUUAAUUGUGAAAAUUUUUGUGGUGUACUGCUUUUUAGUCUUACCAAAAAAAUAUUACUCAUUCCAUAAAACUUUGCUGUAGUAACAAACACAAAAACUGUACAGUACAUUUAAAAAUCAAAACAGUUUUUUUUAAUACAAUAUAAAAAAAUAAAGGACUUUUCUCUUGGACCAUGAUACAGGACUUGUUUCGACAACAAGGCUUGACAUUUUUGUAAAUGCUUAACAAUUAUAGCAUAUUAGUACUAUUGCAGUUCCGCGAAUGCUAUCACUAGAUAACUUUUGCAAAAUAAUAAGAACCUACUAAGAACCUAAUCAGCCUGUUAUUGGAAAAAAUACCCCAAAAUAUAAGAACCUGUUCAGUCUGAACUCCAAAAUUCUAGGUUCUUAUAUGCGGGUUUUUACUGUAUCCCAGGUUAUGCUCACUCGCUGCCACUUCACUGUCACUAAAAGUGGCUUCAAGACAAUACCGGGUAGACGAGAAAAACAUGAGAAAUGGAAUAAGAAGAAAAUUAUCGGAGAAACAAAACAGUCUUUAAAGAAAGGGGGUGCUUAAAAGGAUACUGACCAGCUGAUCCCAAAAAGAGCAAGAAGAAAAUACAGAACGAAAGAUAAACGUGGGAUCAUCGUAGCUGUAGCAACUUUCAUUCGGGUUGGCUCCUUUCCUUUUCAGUCUGAUUUGAUCGGCGGUAUUAUCCCGCGUAGCUGGCGGGAUUCUUGAGCCGGGGUACUUUCUUGGCGGCGGACCCGCCACGCGCAGAGAGCGGCGAAACCGAGAAGGAAAAUCCCGCCUUCCAGAUUUCUCAUGCGUUUUGAAUGCCGCCCACUUUGUCACCUUGGUUGGAACUAUUUGAUUACCCAAUCAGGAAGAGCGGUGUAAUUAUUAUGCAAAAAUGACUUGUAAACGACCCAGGCCAAGCGUGAAAAAACAUUAGCACAGAAUCAAGACACAGACAAAAAAGCUACAUGUAGCAAGUAAUGCAGGAUCCAGGCAGGGUAUUCUGCAGUUACUGAAAACUGAAAACUUAAAACCUUUAUUAACUGGCCAUUUAAUAACGCUUAACGCUUCAAAAGAGGUCAAAGAAUUCCCUACACUGCCUCAGAGGUCAAAUUCUGCCCGAGACAAAAACCAGAUGAAAUCAGUGCAGAGGAAACACAUCGACCUCAUGACCUCUCAGUCGGCAAAGAUAAUAUUUUCUUAGUCAAAACGAAGAAUCCUCCACAGCAUAAUCCACCCCCUUUUCUAAGGUGUCAGUUUCAUGGCUGAUCAAUGAUCAAGCGCUCUUUGAUGUUGAGCUCGGAUGGAUCAGGGAGUUUGCAUUGCGUGACAAAAGGCAAUAUUGUCUGGUGCACUUUUGUUUUUGAGCCAAUUUCAUGUCGUAAAAUGGGAUUAGUUUCAGCCCUUUCUGAAUUAAGGAAAGCACAAAACGUGUUUAAAUUUUCAGAUCUGUUCCAUUCCUUGGUGGAGUGGAACCUGUUAGCUAGCUUGCUAAUUUUUUUUUUUAUUCGCACGUGAAAGCACUAACUUUGGUCAACUUUCUCUUGGGGGAGUCUAGAAAUUUACAUUAAAAUUUGACUGACGUUUUAUCGCCUCUCAGCCAGUCAGAAACUCUCGUACGCCUGGUUGUUGGACUAUUCAAAAUACAAAAGAAAUAGGGCAGGCGGGAUUUCAAUUUCACUUUCUCCCAAUCUUCACGCAGCUCUGUAGCCAAAAAGCCUACAGCACUCACCCCUAAACCCGCCCGCUACAGAGGCUACGCGGUAUCGCAUGUUUUGUCUAGCAAUUGACCCUAGAGAUAAUAGUUCAUUCUCUCGUGCAAUACCUAGUAGCGUUUAUGCGUCUAACCUGUUCGAUCAUUUGACUAUUAGUGCUCUAAAACAACUUAAUUUUUAAACAAACUUCAAACUUUGUUUGUUAUCAGUUACAGGAGCUUCUAGACAAGACCAGGAAACUGACAGUUGAUCAGCAAGUGGAUUUUUCUCCUAACUGUGCCUUGUUUGUUUGCAACAAAUGGGACGGCAUCUCCCCAUCAGAGGAGGCGCAAGUGAUGAAACAUAUCACAGUCAAGCUAGGGCAUUGUUGGCCAAAUAUAGACCCUGCUUGUCAAAUCAUACGUCUUUCAACUACAAAAGCUUUAAACCUCCAAAAGUAUGGCAUCAUGAAUGAGGAAUUUGCCUUACUUACGGAAAACAUUGGGCUUUUGAUUAAGAAGAGCAUUGAAACUCGUCUGGAACAGCAUUGGAGGUAGGUUAUUUGGUUAUGGCAACGUUAACUGUCCUAGAAUAGUCAGAUUCCUUGAAUGACGAAUUUUAAAACGCUACUGUCUAUAGUAGUAUACUAUGUUGGAAAUUAACCCCCUCUGGUGUCUAGCAAGGUCUAGCUAGGUCUAGUCUAUGACGUCACCGAUUGUUAUAACCAAGUGAAAAAGUGGAUUCCCUUUAUUGAUAGGUAUAACUGUCUCCCUGCAUACUAAUUUGGAUUUCCCUUGGAUUUCCCGCAUAUUAAUUUGGAUUUCCUGCAUACUAAUUAAGUGCCUUCCUUCAUAUAUAAUGAGGUGGAUAGGUUUACUAAUGAGCGUAAUUCUACUACAAUAGGAACAAUUGGCUUUCCUAGACUUGCCCGUGAAGUAACUUGAGCCCGGUUUUCGGAUCGUCUAUUAAAAGGAAAAUUGGAAUAAGAGAAGCAAUCACCUAGCAACGCGAGAAACGGCUUCCCAUAUCUUAUUUAGUGCUAAAACUCAGAUAUAUAAACAAAACACAUACAGAAAGGGGAGCUGAAAAGUCUUUAUUGCAAUAAAGUUUACUUCUUCUUAUUUAGCGUUAAAACUCGGAUAUAUAAACAAAACACACGCACAUAUACACAAAGUGGAGGUGAAAACUCUCCAUUUAAAUUUUGUCUGACUAUUACAGAACUGUUUUUUCAAUAAUAUAUAGAUUUAGCCAGGGCUAAAAGCGAAGCUCCUACUAACUCGCAUUUAUAAUUUAAAUCAAACAAUCGUAAACUUGUGUUCCACAAAUCAGUUAACUUUAGAGCACAUUCAUGUGACUUUUGAUGGAAAGGCUAAGUAAUUUUAGAGAAAAAUGAUUUGCAAACAGUCGAAGCUAAGACUGAAAUUAAUCUUACAUCCACUUGAUAGCCUUAUAUGUACACCUAAAAAAUAGCGUAGCCAUAAUGGUUCUUGAUCACAGUACAUUAGGAAAACAAACCAGGCCGAAUGUUUUGCGUUCGAUAAGUUCACUUUACAAAAUCUUGCCAACAAGUCUGGGGACGUGUAAACCAACUUUUUAUACUUUUUAUACAUCACAUCUGAGGGGAAAAUAGUACCAUGAGGCGUUGUUUUUAUCAUACAGACCUCGGACAGAAUGCAGUAUUUCACAAUUUUGCAAUACAAAUUGCACUCAUUCAAUAUUCAGGACGAUCGAAGCACGCGUUAGCGAAACCGUUAAAAAAAUUUCCAAAAUCACCUAUACGGCUAGCCGGUUCUCACUUUUGACAAGCGCCAAAGUCGACUGUUUAAAUUAAGAUUAACACAGUCAUGCGCUUCAACAUAAUGGCUUUAUAACGAUGUGUAAUCUUCAAAAGCGUUUGAUACGCGCGGCAUUUUGACUACUCCUGCAAGCUAUGUUCAUGAGCGACUGACAACAAACGGCACAACAGCGAUGAAAAUUGCAAAAGAGACUACUAACAAUCAAUAAAAGGAAAAUAAUUCGGUGAAACAUAUACAGAGGCAACAAUUUUCAUUCACGAAGACAAGUAUUAAAGUGUCUCUGAAAAUCCUUGUUUAUGUUUUAAGCCGGCUUCCCGGUGUUUGCGUUUUUCAAAGAUGAACUCGAGGAAAGAAAAUCGCUCAAAGCUUUGUUUUACAGCCAGAAUUAUAACUAAAUAUUCUUUGAAACGUUUUCUUUCCAUUUGCGGUGACAAAAUGUCUGAAGGCUUUUUAAAGUUCUAUAAGCUUAUAAUCAAACCUGAUACUCGGUCAGAUCAUUGUCUCAAAUCUUACAAACGUGAAUAAACUAAAUAGCACCAUAAACUACACUCGACUUCAUAGAAUUAGAUAUAAAAAACAAACAUCAAAUAAAAUAAUUACUCAGGCUUACCAUUCGAGAUGCACUGAAAACUAAAUCGCUUCAGACUUUUCAACCCUCUCACGCAUCAAGCAAGGUGAAAAACGAAAACGAUGCCAUCCGAAAUCGGAUUUCCGACUUUGACAAGCGACGUAUUUCUCAGCCAAAAACCCGAUAAACAAACUAGCCAUGAAUAACAGAAGACUCUUGAUAGCAGGUGAAUUUCAUUUUGUACAAUGUUCAGUGGAGAAAGGCAGUUAAAAACAAAUUGAAAUUUUGACCAAUCAGAGCAUACAAGUUGGACGUAGAGCGUGACCAACGCGUGACCUUGGUGAGAAAAGUCAAAAGCAACUGGCAUGUCUUCCCUGCCUGUAAAAACUGGCUGAAUCUUAGCUUUUGAGGUCAGUUUGAAAUCAAAAUUUUAAUUGUGCGACACAUAAAACGCAACCUAUUUCAUAUGAAUUGAAAAAAUUAAACUUGAGCCUGCAAUCAUUUGAAAACUAGUAACUUGUCAGCGGAUAACUUCAAAAAAUACUCGACCUCAAUGGGUCGACACCUGAGCCCGCGAUACGGUCAGGUGAUAGUGGUCAGCGGGACCUUGUUUUGACAGCUGUCAAUUGAUCACAACAUUGAUGUGCAAUAUGUGUGCAAUAUCAGUCUUCCUGUGCUCCCAAACUAGCUAGAAAGUGUGGGAUUGAACAUUGGUUUCCCUGUGGUGCGGACGGACGGGCAGUGGGCGGGCGGUGUACGGUCACGUGAUUACCAAAUUUUCUGGGAUGGGUAGAUUUACUUACCCAUGGUGCUCCGCAGGCGCGCUUCGCGCGCCAGAGCUCCGCUAAAAAUGAGGGAAAAUAUUAAAAUUGUGGUGGAGGGAAAAAAAUUGAGGAGGGAAACGUAGUAAAAAAAGAUAGCUUGCUUUCUUUGACUAUUUUAACAGAUUUCUUUCAAAUCGCUGUGUAUUUGACUCUUUUUCUGUUUUAAACGGUAUCUUGUGUCUGAUUUUAUUGCUAGCAAUUAUUAGUCGCGUUUUUAAUCAAUUGAUCCUUGUUAAGUUAUUUGUUUUAUAAUAAUACGUCAAUAUGCUCCCUUGAGGUUUUUCCUGUACAGCUAAUUUGUAUUCAACUUUGGGCAUGUGAAAUCGCAUAAUUGCCUAACUAACGACGCGUGAAACCUUGAGACUUCAAUAGUUUUUCAUUUCCUCGAGAUAGAACGGAAAAAACAGUUCUUUAAUAGUCAGACAAAAUUUAAAUAGAGAGUUUUCAACUCCACUUUGUGUAUAUAUGCGUGUGUUUUGUUUAUAUAUCCGAGUUUUAGCGCUAAGAAGAAGUAAACUUUUUUGAAAUAAAGACUUUUCAGCUCCCCUUUCUGUAUGUGUUUUGUUUAUAUAUCUGAGUUUUAGCGCUGAUUAAGAUAGGGGAAGCCGUUUCUCACGUUGCUAGGUGAUCGCUUCUCGUAUUCCUAUUUUCCUUUUAAUAGACGGUCCGAAAACCGGGCUCAAGUUACUUCACGGGCAAGUCUAGGCAAGCCUAUUGUUCCUAUUGUAGUAGAGUUACGCUCAUUAGUAAACCUAUCCACUUCAUUAUAUAUGAAGGAAGGCACUUAAUUAGUAUGCAGGAAAUCCAAAUUAGUAUGCGGGAAAUCCAAGGGAAAUCCAAAUUAAAAAAAAAUUCGAGUAUAAAUAAUGUUUUAUGUUAUGUUAUGUUAUGUAUUAGUAUGCAGGAAGACAUUUAUACAUAUUAAUAACCGAAUCCACUUUUUCCCCAGGUUAUAACAAUCGGUAACGUCAUAGACUAGACCUAGCUAGACCUUGCUAGACACCAAAGGGGGUUAUUUUCCAACAUAGUAUACUACUGUCUAUGGUUACUCAAAUAGUAACGUUACACCUGGAGCCAGUUAGGAGGCAGGUACGUGAAAGGUCUGAGCAUCCUUAAAAUCUUUACACCAAAACAGUCUUAUUAAACUUUGUCAGAGUCAUGGGCCAUCGCACGCCAUUUAACUGAUCAGAAUGAAGAGCGUUUCGAGCGGAUCCGUCUUUGUCACAGUUCAACAGGUGUUUAAUUUCGGUCGUCCAGUCAUUCGGUAGUUGUGAGUUUUGCUUGAGUCCUUCAAUAAGUCGUUUGUACUGUGCCGGUCCUGACUGUUGAAUACGAUUCAGUGGCAUUUAUUCUAAGUUAUAAAAGCAGCUGUGGUCAGGAUGCUAAAAGAAGGAAUUGUGCGUUUUAUGAUAAAAGAACCAAAGUCUGCAUAUUUGUAGGCCUCUGAUCUGUGUGCUCAAGAAUUUUUGAUAUAAAGGCAUCGCUGAAAAGUCAUGUAACAGGAGUAAACCAGUUUAGAUAAAAGAAAAAAAAUGUUGACGGUAGCAUUUCUCGGAGUAAAAUAUUCGCAUAAUUUGCUCUUAAAUAUAUCAUAAAUGUCAUAUGAGUGCAUGAGUGCAUGAGUUGAGGAUCCAUUAAGGAAAGUGCCAUCUCCGUUCAUAGACGAACACAUGAAAAAGAUUUUAUUGUGAAAGAUACUAUUUUAUCAGUAAAACCCCUCAAAUAGCAUGUAACUUGAGAAUUUUAGAAGCAAAACAUACUUUAAAAAAACUUUUUUCAUUACGACAUAAAACCAAGUAUAAUCACUACAGCCAGUUUGUUUUGUUUUGUUUUGUUCUGUUUUAUCAAUUUGGGGGUUUGACAUAGCAAACUGUCAUGGCGGCACCCAUGCAGUUUAUUCAGCGUGGUUACUUACAGUAUUUCAUUCGGUGGAAUAACAGUCUCAUUGCAAUCACAGGGUGAGUUUUCUUAUUUCAGCUUUAAGAGGCUGUCUCAGUAAAAACCGCCCACUCAAUUUCGCGUGAAAAAUAAUUUUGCCUAAAACUCUGGCGAGUGAAAGGCUUUAUCGAGACUAUAACUAAAAUAGGUUUGCUUUGAUUCACAAUAAUUUUCUGGCCGCGCUGGGGGGCGCCAAGUAUUUUGUCCCGCCACGGCCAUUCUACACGUCUUGAAAACUGAAAAUUUGACGUUUUUUGCGGCGCUGUAAAAUGUUUGAUUUGCACCAUCUGUCAAUGAAUUUUAUACCUAUUUAUAAGUAAACAUCUCUAGUUUUUCCUGAAGGCAAUAGUUAUCCGCUAAAUUUAGCUGGAAAGACGAAAUCAAGCAAAAUAUGACCCCAACUAAUUGCCUUGGAGCGAAAGGCCAAAAAUUACCCUGUUUUAGGAGCUUAUUUCUGACUUUUGGGACAUAGUUGAAAGCUCUAGACUAAAUAGACGCAAAGAUAGACCAUCUGUUAUUAAUAAUAUACAAAACCCCAUGUACCAUUUUAGUAUUUUAAAAGUUAUGACCGUUUGUAUCAACGCGUAUGCUAUUGUAGCUAAUACGAUAUUUUCAGAUUUAGCGUAACGGAUCUACCUCAAGCAGAUUUUGUCAAAAGUACGGCUUACCUAAUACAUUACUGGCACUGACUCACAAAUUGAGCCAUAUUCCAAUCCCUGAGAUGCCGGACUCCAUAAAAUUCCAGUAAAUGUGCUUUAGAAACUGCUGGUAUGUGGCCAUCUUUGAAUCCCAUGCUAACAAUCCGAAGCUCAAAACAGUUGAAACUGUGUCACGUUUCGAGCUAAAUAGCUCGGUAAAACAACCGUUCAGGGCUGGAAGUUUGCUCAAGAAUCAGAAAAUCAACUAGGCAGGUCUUAUUUUGAUCAGAAAAUUGAGAUUUCAGAGCUACAACCUCGAAUAAACGUUCUAUUCAAUCGGCUCUGCAAGGUCAAAUGCAGGUUGACACGUAAACCGGAAAUGUUGAAACCGGGAAAUAGGGAAAACCAGAAAUGCGGAAAUCCGGAUCAUCCGCAAAUCCGCAAAUCUGAAAUCAAUCAGAAGCCGAAUGCAAUUCCAACAAUUAGAGACAGCUGCAUUCGUUUAGGGCUUCUUUUCGACGUAAAAGAUAAAACCUUCCAAACCGGAGUAGCUGUUUGAUUUUCACUGAACUGAAACGCAGUUCCACGAUCGAUUGCGUUUGCCAAAUAGGCUCCAUUAGAAACAGUAAAUAUCAUUAACCGGUUACAAAUAUUCUAUGUGCGCUAACAUAUCACACUUGUGACUAAUACUUUACAGAAGUUGGCUAUAUAUCGAAACUGAAUGUGUCGAGAUCUAGGAAACCGAGUCAGCUUGGUUGUCUGGGCUUAUUAGUAUAGAGGGUCCUGGAAAGUCGCUUGUUAAGGGGGCAUUCUGGUUGUUUUUCUCGGGGAAAAUGAUGGUGAUUUGGGAAAGACAUAAUUAAGAGUAGAAAAGGUAUGCAAAUAAAGCAGUUAGUCCGCUAAUGGUAUCAGAGGCACUCCUUGUUGGAGUCUCUGGUAUUAAUUUUUCUUCUGAUUAUUCACUUCAUACUUUAAUUUUUUUGACGUCAGCAUUUUUAUUAAAAUCAUUUUAUUCUACUUAUAGGACUUUUCAGCCAUGCCUCUAUUUGCAAAACUGUUAAGCGGCUCUUGGUUGACAUUGGUGAGAAGUUUCAGUCUUUUCUCCAAAAACGCACAAUUUCCCUAAAAUUUCGGCCUUGACUUCAAGACUCAUGACUUUCUCAAGUGAGUUGUUGAUAGUAGUCUGUAGAAUGAAUACGUAAUACAUGUCGCAGAGUCCCAGUCGAUUUGAUGUUUCGUCUGUAAAUGUCAUUUAACUAUGACCGUUGAUGUCAGCCUAAUCUUGCCUCUCGUGUGUGUCCCGUGAGUCAGUUGCGUGCGAAGGUUCUGUCUUCUUUUCUACUGAAAUGUUUAAAUGUCUUACUAUUUGAAAUAGAUUUUUAGUCGUGGAGGAGUACCAUUUAAAAGUAGAACAUAGGCACGUUUUACGUGCAUGAGCUAUUUUGAAUGCUUCAGUGUAACAAUAUCGGCAAUCUACUGUCUUAAUCCUAAAUUAAGACUAUGGUUUGUGCGAAAUUGGCUAUUUCUGUACAUUAAUGAAAACGAGAACCGCAGCACAUAGCUGAUUCGUUCUGAUAAAUUCACGUUUCUUUGUCUUUCCGUCAGACAUUUGGCGCAAAAAAAACAAAUAAACAAAUUGUUAAAGUACUAUGAAUAUCAAUUCCCCAAACGUUGCUUAGAGGGAAGACUCGAAGGUUUCAAGGUUUCUUCAUGGUUUCUUAAAAUAAUGAAGGUAGUCAAAUACCGCAUAGCUAAGAUUUUCAUCAUUGUUGUAGAUGGUUGCAUCAUCAAUAUUCACGAGGUUAUCACGUGCGAUUCUACUUUAAUGAAAAAGGCUUUAACUCUGACCACUUAAUUCUAAGAGUGUUAUGAGUUUUUGCUUCUUAAAAGAAAAGAGCCUUUGCUUAGGCACUAGUUACAAAACUAAAGAUGUCUUCAUACGUUCAAGUUACUAUUAUUACUGUGAAAAGCCAACAUGAGAUGUAGAAUCACACAGUUUGCACGUGAAAUUGUUAGACUUUGCCCUUUCGUGGUUCACAGUAAUUCAGUAAACAGAAUUUUAAAAAUAACUCAUGCACACAAUUUGCACGUGAAGAUGUUGGACUUUCUUCCUGUUACAAUUCGUACCUAAGAAAACUCAAAUUGUUUACAAGAAAAUUUCCUAAAACGAUUUUAAAAAAUCACCUCGGCUUUACAAUACAUGUAUCUGCAAUUAAAUUACGCUUCAAGCAAGAGGGUCGUGAAGGGGGGUACCAAAUCCCAGUUCCCAGCCUAAAAUUUGGCCCAAAUCCCAGUUCCCCGGCUAAUUUUUGCCAAAAUCCCAGUUACCAAAUCUAAAAUCCCAUUACUAAUGAUUAUUUGCAAAAUCAUGCGCAUAAUAAAUUAAAAGCACUGAUUGACGCUAUUUGGAUACACGUACCUUCACCUGGACUGAAGAAAAUCUCUCAUUCUGCUGGUCAACACUCUUUCUCUUCCAGCCCUUGUUGACAUAACCAUAUGAAAACCAAUUCUAUCAUCCGUACAAUCCUCGUCUGACUCACUGUCUCCGCUUUCACUGCUAGCUGGUAGCUAGACCGCGGGCGCGAAGGCGAAAAAUACUGAUUUCACGGUCUCUACUGAGGAGUGCAAGGUCUAUUGCUACGAAAUUUCAUUUUUCUAUUUCAAAAUAUUGGAGCAAAGACCGCUGAAGAAAAGAAAUCCCAUUCCCAUUUGUGACCCUCCACAGGAUUUUAAUGCUAAAGGUGAAAGCACGCGCACGACACGCUUUCACUUUAAAACAAAAGAAUUUAUUUUAACACGCUUUAGCACGCUUGCAAUCUUGCCUCAUUAGCAAUUUCUUUUGUUUCAGAGGACACACUUGAGACAAUUAAGCGUGAGCAAGUCGAACAAAAGAGCGUGUUAAAGUUUUCAAACAAAAGCUCCGUGCGAAAAAGCACAACACGCUUUCAGUGUGCGCAAAAGCUAUAUAAAUUUCCUCUACAAAAAGGAACCGUAAAUGAUUAUGAACGGCACCCUUUUUUAGUAACUAUCGAGAAAGAAAAAGUUAUACCUCAGCGAUCGUAGCGAUAGUAUCUGAUUGAAAAAACGUUGUCGCUUGAAAAGUAUAAACAGUGAACGGUGUGACCUACUGGAUUUAUGGGUAGAACUAUAUUAGCAUUGCAAAAUUAAAGUUCUUUCCAGGGCUUCAGCAUUAUUUUCCCGAAAAAUUUAGCUUCCAAUUGAAAGUUUUAGGAAAGUGAGAAUUUUAUCGUAUUUCGGUUCCGAAAAUUUUAGGAUUCCUUAAUUCUCUACGAAAAAUAGCUUAACUGGGGAAUGAAAUGGAAAAAAAUAAACUUCAGAAAAUCGUAAGGAAUUUAUUAGAUAACCUUCGAAAAUUGUACAUGCAUGGAACGGUCAUCUAGAAAUGUUUAGCCUUCCUCAACCUAUAGAAAAUUCUAGGCAGUUUUUGUUUCUCCGAUUUAAUUACCUUCGUUCGUCUUAGCAUGGCUUAAAGAAAUAUAUUAAACUAAUUUAUUCAACUUCAUUUCUCUGUGCAUUACUGCUAAUAAAUAUUCCGGUGGCAUAACUAUAAUUUUCAGGCGACAUAACUUCAGUGCCUCGCAUGCGAUAGCAGGCCUCUUUGCGAUUCCGGUCAACAGCCGACAGCCGGAGGAAUUGGUUUACACUGAUCUCGCGUUAAUUCCAGGCUAGACCACCAUUAAGUCGUGAUUUUCAAAUGGCCACGGUUACUAUCAAAUUCCAAAACAGUCUCAAUUGGUAUAUUUGAUUCACUUCGACCAGUUAUCAAUGCUUAUUAAAUCCGCUGAAAACCCAAGCCAUUUUUAUCAUCUUAGCGGUUUUAGUAAUCAAGCGUCUUCAGCGUGUGUUACCCAAAUUGCACGCUAACCGUGCUAUAAUUCGCACACUUACCGUGACAUAUGGCACGCUACAAAAAAACAAAAGGUCUAGCGUGUUAAAUUUGCCAAAACAAAGGCUUGUGUGUCCGUCUUUGUUUUUUCAAUUUAAUAUGCGCAUAUCCGUGAUCUACGGCACGCUAAGCGUGUCGUGCAAGCGUGUCGUGCGCGUGCUUUCACCUUUAGCAUCAAAUUCCUGUGGAGGGUCACAUUUUAUAAUUGUUCAUCCCAUUCCCAGUGGCUAAAUCCCAGUCCCAGUGAGUAAAUCCCAUUUUCCCAGUCCACAAUAAGGCUAAUCCCAGUUCCCAUUUUACCCCUUCACGACCCUCAAGCAACGUUAAGGCUGAUAGUCUAACAUUCAUUUCAUUCCUAGAAAAUUAUCAAACUGCCGAAAUACGGUAUAUUUCUACUCACAUCAUGUUAUUCCACUCAAUAAAGCAGUAUCUAAUUAGUGCCAUCUCGCUCCUUCCAAUUUUAUUCCCUAACGUAACUGCUUCUACUUAAAGCCUGCUUUCGAUAUGAUCGUUACGAUCGCUGUGAUCGCUGAGAAAAAAAAGUUCAGCGAUCGCAGCGAUCAUAUGGAAACCACUUUCCACCGAUCGCUGCGACAACGAUCAUAUCUCAGCGAUCGUUGUUGCUGCGAUCACUGGAAGGUGGCUUCCUUAUGAUCGCUGCGAUCGCUGAACUUUUUUUCUCAGCGAUCGCAGCGAUCACAGCGAUCGUACCGAUCAUAUGGAAACCAGGCUCAAGUUACGCAUCUUUACUAAACAAAAUACGUUUCAAUAACCAUAACACUAAGUAACCAAGAAGGACGUAUCAUGUUGUUCACUUAUUCAUGUUCUAAUUGCCGGAACGAAAAAAGUCUGUUGAACUUUUUAGUUGUAAUUAACUGAAAACCUUUUCUUACAGCUGGCUGGAUUAUCUCCUAAAAAGGAUUGCCUGGUUGAUGACAUCAUUUCUAGAAAAUGCCAACGCCGAUCGGAAGGCUGCAAAGCAAAAGUUGGAGUAUGUGGUUAAACGUCUGAGGAAGCUUCAAGUCGAACAGGAAACGUUAAAGGAGGAUCUCAGGACACAAUUUGAGACCAAGUUAGAAGAAGCUAUUAAUGAAUUAAUAAGCCACUUAAAACUUCCAGAGGUUGUCAAUAUGUUUUGCAAAUGGAACGAGGACGACCUACCAGGAGGCGAAGACUCAUGGCCUGUAAUUGCAAAUUGUCUCGAGACGCUCAUGCGAAAUCGAUUAGAGGAGGUGAUAAAGGAGUGGGAAGAAAAGAAAGAGAAAUUUUCAGAGGCACGCAGUUCGACGGUUUCUUAUUUUCUUCGUAAAUACAAUUACCUGGAGGGAGAGCUUCGCGAGCUGGAAAUCGAAGUCAUGCAAGACCCUGUUGAGGGGGGAGAAGGAGGCAGUAUCAGAAACAGGUCGUGGACCCCUGGAGAAAUGGUCGGUGCUGUAGUUUUGACGCCCUUUGUAGCUGUAUCGGUGGUAAUGUCCAUUCCAUCAAUGGUGUUUAUUUUGCCUCUUUUGGGAUUAGCGGCGAUCACUGAAAAAGCCAGCCAUACAUUAAUAAAGAGGAAAUAUAGCACGAACCGAGGCGAGUAUGCUAAAAAUCUAUCCCUGCGGUACCUUGAGAUGUUUUCCACGCGCCAAGCCCUUCAGCCUUUUGUUAAAGAUCAGUUGGAUCAAGCUCUUUCGUGCCUACAAGACAUCGAAAAGAGAAUUCCCAUGCUCCUUGAGGCGGACGUUCAACUGUGUCAGAGGCUGAUGAAGGAAGAACAAAUUAAGCAGGAUGUUGAAACACAGUACAAACCCAAGAAAGAAAAAUGUGAGUGCCUUCGUGGUCAGCUCGGGUUAUUUGGUGCUUUAGAGAUCCGGAGCAUACAGAUUUCUUGGAGUGACCUUCAGUGGAAUGUCAGCGAGGAUAACUUCCUCCAGCAGAAUAUUCUACCUGUUGGCACCUAUCAAGGUACAAUCUCCAGUGGAAGGUAUCCAUCUCGACCGGUCAAUUUGAGAGUCUAUCAAGAUCUGCUCACCAAAGGCAACAUCACUGAAUGUCUAGUGGCGGAAAAAGUCAGGAGGUAAAAAAACUAUCUAGCAUCCUUGAGUAGUGGUUCAUUUAAAUAACAAGCACUUGCCUCUAUUUAUUCCAUACCCGCAAUAAGAUUGUACUGUACUUUUUUAUUUCAAAACCGACCGUUAUUAAGUGUUAUUGUCUGAGAAAGUGUUCCAGGGGCCAAAAGUUGUUGUCAGCCGAUUUGACUGAAACUUGGCACAGAAGUUGGGUGUGAUGAGAUAUUUCAAAAGCCACUUUGGCUUACUUCUCUGACUUUUCGUUAUGGAGUUACAGGCGGGGUCUCAUUUUUGGCCUUUUGAGCGCCAAAAAUCCAGCCUUCCAGCGGGAAUUUUGAAAGUGCCAUAAGACCCGACUGGCAAAUUGUGCUACCAAAUGAAUUUGACCAUGAACUCUACUAUAAUAGAGCUUUUAGUUUAUCCAUGAAACUUUGUCCUUAAGGUAUUGCACAGAAAAAAGCCUGGGGCUAGAGUUUGGCCAAAAUUGAUGUUAAAAUUACAACUCAAAAUAGCCAUUUUUCAAAAUUUUAGUAUAUUCACCUGCCUUCUUGCAUAACUUCCAUACCUAUACCACUGUUUACUUUAGUCACCCAAUUAACAAAAUCAGUUGAGAAAAAUUUGGCUUAUUAUGGUUUAUUGAAUUUUUGGAACAAACACUUCGUGCCCCUCUAAGGCGAUGCAAAAUAAGAUUUUGAGCAUAAUUCAGGCCAUAGACAAAGCAAAUUGUUGACAAGAAGCCCUUAUUCUGUAUUUGGUAAGUGAAAAUGAAUUGUCAAAGCCAAAUCAGUUUUGUUGUAUAGAAAUACACCGACUAUAACCUUAAAAUUGAUCUAAAAGGGGCCUCUGAUUAGCACAACAAACACAUGAUUUUGCAAAACAAGGGUUUUUUUUUUCUUUGAAAACCUAGUAACCAUCAUAGAACACAAAUGAUGAUGGUCUGACCUAGAUAUAAUGAUCUUUUUACAGUAUGCUUAAAUUUUUCUUUGAUUCAUAUUCAGUUUCAUGUCAUAUUUCUAGGCAUUACUCCAAACAUGGAAAGUCUCCAUAUUUUGUCACGCCCAUUUUUUAUACUUUUACCAGAUAAAGUUAGCUUAACAAAACGUUCGUUAACAUAUAAUCUUCGUCUGACCUUGUAAUAGCCUGAAUAGUUGUUGUAAAUACCCAUCAGCAAAGGACCAUGACCAUACUUAGAUUAUACAAACAAAUACGAGCUUCAAUGAGCAGGAUCGAGGUGACCUCUAAUUUUCCGAGUCCUUUAGAGCUGAGAAAAUGAAACCAUCCAUCCACAGUUAGGAGAGCUGGAUAACAAAAAGCUUUUGUUGCUUUUUUAAAGGAAAUAACCCAAACAAAGCCUUGCGUGGAGAUGAUACAAUUGUUAUUAUAUCAAAUUAACUGGCCCGCCAUUUUGGACUUGGAGAGUGUGGGGACUGGACCGAGUUCCCAUCCAAUCCUUCUCCCGUUUCGAGGGAAUUUUUUUGUGUUUUUCACCAGUCGAAAUUUUAGAAAGCGAUCUGUUUCAGGAUAAUUUUACGAUGGCACUUUAUUCCUUUGGAGGAGUAAAUGACCAGUGGCGUGCCACGUAAUGGGUUGUGCAAGAAACAGGAAUGCUUCCUUUUUUCUUGUCUUGCGAUAGUGACAUGACUGCAUGGUUUAAGGGCAAGUAGAAGGGUUCAGGUGUGUCCGGGGAAGAAGAGGAAGACCUCGUGAUACCAAAGCUACAGGUGAUUCAAAAGAUCAGUUAUGGAGCAUACACGCGCACAAAUGGCUUUUAUCGCGAUCUAGAGGACUCUUCUGAUUGGAGAUAGACGACAAUAUAUAAUUUACGAUAUUGUCGUCUAAAAUUGUUUGUUUAUGGUUGAGUGAUUCCCAUGUUAAUUUCCCGGUUCCUUAAAAAGAGCACUAAACAUUCAACAAUUUAUCGCAGCAAUCUCUUUAUCAAAAAAGAAACAAGUACGAUAAGAAUAACUUGAAGGCUAUGAUUUUUUCUCUGCUCGAGCUGCUCGUUUAUAUUUAGCUUGUCACGUGCACACGCUUAUCACGCAAUGCACAAUUUACCGGUUUCCAUUUUUUGCCCAUUUCGUGGAAGAUCUUUGCAAACAUGCUGCAUCUAAGCUCUUUGAUGAAAUUGACGUUUUCAGCAACAAAAAGUCAUUAAAACGUCCUCGCAAAAUCGACCGAAUUAGUUGAUAUUAUUGCAUUUGGAUUUGCUUAGAAUAAUGCAUAGGCAAUGAACAAACAUGUGUUGUACUUGAAUGGGAACUGACUCUGAAUGGUUCUGGAAGAGCUCGGAAGAUUCGUGUAUUUUUAUAGCAAAAAAUUGUUUAAUUAUUUAUAUAAUUAAUUAAUGUUAAUUAUUCAAUUAAAAAAGUAAUGAAAAAAUAUACCUAAAUAAUUUUUGUAAUCAUGAGUGGUAUCUAAAAGUCUUUAAAAUUUCCUAAAAAUUCAAAAAAAUUGUAUUCCUUUUUGAUAGCGAGGGCCCCUUUUGGUGAAUAACCUCCGAUAAGUCUUUUUUUUUUUUAAUUUAAUUAAAACACUUUCAAUUACAAAGUACUUACUUACAAUUCUUACUUACAAAACAAUGUAUGGUACUUACGCUGCUAACAAAACUAUACUCUACUUACAAAACUAUGCUAACUUACAAUGUGAGAUACUUACGCUACUAACGAUACUAUAUACUCUACUUACAAUGCAAAACUUGCAAUACUUACUUACAGUGAGGUACUUAUACUACUAACAAUGAGAUGCUUACACUAGUAACCGUGUUAUACUCCACAGCUACUUGCAUUACUUACAAUACGGAUUACAUACGCUACAAAAACCAGAAAAUAAAGGGGGCGGGGAUGUAUAGUAAAUUUUAGUUAACUGUAGUUCUAACUCAAAGGAGAAAAAAAGAGAUUAAAGAUAUUUUCUCUGCUGAUUCACUGAAAUUUAGCUUUAUAUACUUUGAAUGUUGAAGCGAGGAAAAUAGGAAGGGAAUGUCUGGUAGGAAGGAAAGUAUAAAAAGAGCGAGAAACCCCAAACCUCCGAUAAGUUGUAGUCUUGACGACUCUGAUGAAAAACUGCUGAUUUGUUGUGCUUAGUGGAGAGUACUCUAGACACUGUUGUAGCAUGUGAGUGGACUGAGCCCUCUCUUGAUUGGUACUAAUACAAAAAAAUAUUAAAUUCGUUUUUCAACCUUUUUGCCUGUGAAAUGCUGCCAAAAUGUCAGGUGAGUGUUCAAACUGCUAUUCAAUAUUCUGCUAUAUAAGGGGCUAUUGAAGUUCUCGAAUUUGUCAUUUUUUCUCUCAUAUUCUUGAGAUUUUCUAAAAAAUUUUUUGGUGUCUAAAAUUCCCAAAAAAAUUCCUGUGGCAUUAUGUAGCUAAGCCUUUUUUAACAUGGCUUGUCUUCGACGAAACGGGCAAAUAAAGGAGACCGGUGGAGUUUCAAUGCAAACUAACUCGAGUUGUGCAUUGCCAAACUUAGCAUUGCUUGAUAAGCGUCUACAUGUGACAAGCUGAAUAUAAACAAACAGCUCGAGCAGACAAAAAACAGCUUUCAAGUUAUUCUUUCUAGAAUUUCGAACACACCUGGCCUCGGUUGUUCUAAGGCUGGAUAGCGCUCUCCACCGCAUAAAUCUCUAUCCAGUGGAUAGUGCCAUUAGUUUCCCCCAUACCUAUCCGCUGGACAGUGAUUUAUCCGGUGGAUAGUGCUAUUUAACGUUUGAACAACUGAGGCCUGAUGAAAAACAAUAAAGCACAAUAAGCCAAAUUUUUCUCAACUGAUUUUGAUAAUUGGGUGACUAAAGUAAACAGUGGAAGUUAUGCAAGAAGCCAGGUGAAUAUACUAAAAUUUUGAAAAAUGGCUAUUUUGAGUUGUAAUUUUAACAUCAAUUUUGGCCAAACUCUAGCCCCCAGGCGUCUCUCUGUGCAAUACCUUGAGGACAAAGUUUCAUGAAUAAACUGAAAGCUCUAUUAUAGUAGAGUUCAUGGUCAAAUUUAUUUGGUGGCACAAUUUGCCAGUCGGGUCUUAUGGCACUUUCAAAAUUCCCGCUGGAAGGCUGGAUUUUUGGUGCUCAAAAGGCCAAAAAUGAGACCCCCCCUGUAACUCCAAAACUAAAAGUCAGAGAAGUAAGCCAAAGUGGCUUUUGAAAUAUUUCAUCACACCCAACUGCUGUGCCAAGUUUCAGCCAAAUCGGUUGACCACAACUUUUGGCCCUUUGCACACUUUCUCAGACAAUGGCACUUAAGAGAGUAAGGGUAAAGAAUUAAAUAAUUAUACUUCCCGUAAGUACUGUUUACUGUGUACUCACCCCCUUCCCCCGCCACGGAGGGCACUUUUGCUUUAGACCCCCAACCCCUAGGGGGUGCUUGUCAUACCACCCACCCCCUGGAAUGUCCGUAAUUUCUCAACUUGUUUGGGUACCCCUCUUCUGUCAAAAAUGUUGUUACACUGUAUUGUUAUGCGAAAGAUAAUUUUUUCCGAUAAAAUAAGAAAAAUCUUUCCUUCUGCUUAAUACAGUGUCUAUUAUAAUAAUCUCUCAAGGACGUUCUUAGCUGACAGGGACCUUAAAUUAAGGUGGAUAACAAGGGGCAACCGGAAAUAAAAUUUUGCCUGAUUUGGGGCUAAUUUGCAUAUAUCUUAGCCGUCCUGCCUACGUCGACUGCACGUCGCGACGGUGAGAAAGCUCAGUGCGGCGGUGUCUCGAGAACGUGAGAUUUCUCUUCGUGUUUUUGUGUUCAAAAUAUCAGGGUGAAGCCGGAACUUGUUUCUCGCGCAACCUGUCCAUCCUUUCAAUUUGUUCUGAUUAUAAGAAUGUGAGGCGGACUAAAGAUCAAAAUAUUCAGCUUACUAGAGAAAUUUUUGUAAGUGAGCCCUACCGAUUCAAGUCCAGAAUUGUGAAGCUCCAUUAGCAGCCGUUGUUAGUCUAAGAACUGUGGAACGUGGAAAAAUGUGGCAAUACGUAGAUCGAAAAUAGGCUCAAAUGAAGCGACGAACAUUCACUUUCGAGUAACAAAGCGCUCACAGGCAACUAGAUUUCAUUGUACAAGAGAACGAAUUCCUCAUCUGAUAUGACACCAUCACAUAAAAGCUAGAAGACCAAAAUCUCUCGGAUCUCUUUCAGGGAACUCAUUCUCUCGAACCUUCAAUAAAGUUAAAAAAAAGUCUUCGACCGUCACCUCUACUGAAACUUAAAGUUUGUUUCUCUCGCCAAGUCAAUGUCGUCCCUCCCCAAGCCGCGGCGGCCAAAGUCACCGUCCAACUUAAGGUCGGUAAUAACUAUCCGUAGAGGCGAUACCUUACACUACUGACUACACAAAUAAUGCCAUCUGCAAAAGACCAGUUACGUUCCAACUAAACACCACGUGAACUUUCAUCAGUUUCAUUACUUCAUUUCAGUUAGAACAUGUUACAAGAAAACUUAGAGCACGACCAAGUUACGGUAAAUCAAAUGUGUAAUAAAGCAACAGCUAGAUAACCGGAAGUUUAUUCAUGAGCCGAUGACAAUUGUACCAAUGAAAACUAUCCUAUAAGCCAUGAAAAAAGCAUUUAGCCGGCUGUAGGUAAAAGAUGAUCAAUGCAAACAAUAAUACUUAUUUUGAAACACCGGUAACAGUAAAAUAACUGAUAGCUUGCUCAACAGAGAAGCUGUUAUUUAUUAAUAACUCAUCAAUCUUUCUCAGACCCCUCGGAAAAAAUAUACACAAUAUCUUUUCAGUCCAAAAAUCAAGUUCGUCUUAUUCCUCCUUCCCUAUUUUCCUUUCAAUCCUCUCUAUUAUCCCUGAAAGUCUUUUUCCACCUGGAGUCGUGGGCGUUCGUCAAAGUUCAGUAUUUUUUUGAAAGUGCAAUGUAAUGCAAAAAAGACAAUUGUAUUCAGUUAAAAUAUCGCUAUGGUCCAACGUAAUAAAUAAAUAAAGCAAAUCAAUCACUUUAUUUUUCCCCACAGGUCUUUGUCACUUGAGUAGACAUUUUCUAUCCUAAAUUGUUUGUUCAUAGGAAUCUACGUCAUCAACACAUUGUUGAAUUCCUUGGCGCUGUCUUCAGAGACGUCCACAGAGGAGUUGAGGCAGUGUUUGUGACGGAACGCUGCGGGCCGUCCCUUAAGUCCUAUUUUUUUGAGCACACGGGGAGCAAUCCAGCAGUCGCAGACAAUUCCUUGGCCAUUUUGAACGUCAUUCGAUGGGCGCAGCAGAUUGUAAACGCACUGAUGGUUGUUCAUAGUACUUUCCAGGGAUGUGUUCAUGGGGAUUUAAGACUUGAAAAUGUCUUAGUAAGUUGUGGUUUAAGUUACGUUUGUUAAUGUAUCUCAAACAAUGACCAAAGACCAGAAUCCCAUAAUGGCCUAUCUCUCCAAUCUCUCAGUGCUAAUCUCCUCCGUGUUAUAUUUUUAACUUUUGGUUCAUUCACGAAAUUCAUGAAACAUUUCAGGUAUAAACUGGAUUGCCUUUAUAAUAAAAUAAGAAAUUCCAUUUUCCAACUAUGACAGUUAUAUGGGCUUUUUUUUUUCUAAUUCUCUGCGCGUGCUAAUACAUAUUCCAGUUUUAUGGUUUGGUGUUGCCGUUUCAUCUUUUACCCAGUCUCAGUUUCGAUUUUUACAGACACUGGAGAGACAAAAGACUUCAAUUUAAGUUUGUGUAUUAUUUGUGGCCAAAAUUAAGCCAAAUGAACGACUUGUAGAGAAACCGACUUCUCAUAACAGAGUGUUGACGUGCAUACAAGAAUGGGCGUCUCACGCCCAUUUAGAAUAUUUCGGAAGUUGGUAAAAAUUAAAAACGUUUACAGCUCAAAAGGGUAAGGAUAAAGAAGCAUCGUAGCACUCACAGUGUUCAAGUGGUGUGAGGACCCCCGGCCCCCUGGGGUAAAGACGCCAUCCAUAGGGUCAUAUAUCGCAAUUGCUCACAGAUUUUCGAGCAAAAGAGAGACUGCUCGCGGUCUAUACGGGAAUGCUCAGGCGAGCAAGAGAACGGUACGAGAGAGAGUUGGCUGGACCUAAUGAAACAAGACGGAAGAUCUCAAACAUAGCGUCAGAGGAAAUACCUUCGCGGCUAACGAGAUCUAAAACAUCACCAUUUAACAGAAACAGGUACUUUUUUUGUGACGGCAACGAGUCUCGCGGGAAAGCCCUUUUACUUCUGCUACCCAGUCCUUACGUACAGAGUUUCAGCAAUGACAGAUCUGUCUAGAGAUCAAAUUAAGGAAAGGUAUGAUAUUGACCAUGUCCGACUUACAGCGGCAUAUUCAUGGGAGAAUUCUUGAAGCAAACAAUUUCCACAAGGAUGUAUGCAAUCGAAAUUAAUGUCGUUAAUGUCGAAAUUAAUUAGUGUCGUGCAACGCAACAAAAUGUGAACCAUCUUCAAAGUGAUCAAAAAGAAACAGACACCAAGAUGUUGUUGCAUGCUAUGGACCCAACUGCCAACGAUGCAAUGGAGCGUUAUAUUCAUUCUCCAGACACAGAUGUUAGUUGUGCCUCGAAGGUGCUAUCCGGGGCUGUGUGUGAAGACGUCGUUUGUCUUUGCUACGGGUGAUAAGCGCCCUCAGCAGUGUUAAACUUGUCGCAUUACCAGCGUUCCAUGCAUUCAGCGGGCCUGAUAUCACCGGGCGUUUUUCUGUCCGCAAAGGGGAACUUUUAUGCUGGAGAACGUUCAUGGACGCAGAAGAUAGCAUAACUGCUUUGGGAAGCCUUGGAGCCACAGUGCAAGUUCAAGUUCAAGUUUAAAUUCAAGUUCAUUUAUUCACACUUAUUCAAUUACAAUACAACAACAAUAAGGAAAAAAAAAAGGAGAGAUAAAAAAACAGAGCUAACUAUACAUCGAAUUAAACAUAACAAAGGAAAAGAGUGUGUAGCAGCCAAAGGAGCCAAGCUUUCGAGUUGGCUACUACCACAUAGCGGUUACAAGUGGGUGGAGGUUAUACAGUACUACUACUACUACUAAUAAAACUAUUUAGAUUAAAUAAUUAAAUAAAUAGAACUAAGUAACAGACUAGAGUUGUUCAAGAUGCCUGACUGUCAAGUAGAAAGGGUUUAUAUUCUUUUUUAAAACUAUUCAAGGGGAGACACUUGAUUUUCGUAGGUGUUGCUUCCCAGGUCUGUGAUGCCACUACACUAAACCUUGCUAGGCCAUAAUUAGUUCUGGAAAACGGUCUGUACAAGUUUUGAUUAGUGGCAUACCUAGUAUUAUAAUUAUGGACAGCUGAAGCCGGUUGAACUAAGUCAUAGAGGGCAGGAGGUGUAUCCUUUUUUUGAUAUUGAAUUUUAUGCACAAGAGCCCUAAUUUUUAAUUUAAAGAUGUUUUCUAACUUUAAGAUUUCUAAUAGUGUAAAGUACGGUGUGGGACGUUCUCUUUUAUUUGCAAAGAAGAUGCAGCGUUUACAGUUAUUUUGACUUACUUUGAUUUUAUUUAACUUAGUUUGGUAUUCGGUACCCCAGCUCAUUAAUCCAUACGUUAGUUACGGAUAUAUGAGAGUAUAGUACAGUUGUUUGAGUGUACUUAUAGGCACAUAAUGCCUAAGCUUAAAUAAAAUUCCAAUGUUUUUUGUUAUUUUGUUGUUAAUGUGCUGGAGCUGAGCAUCCCAUUUUAGAUGUUCAUCAAUAAAGACACCCAAAUAUUUAAUCUGAGACUUUUGCUCUAUAUUACAAGCUGUUAUUCUGAUAUUUGUUUUCUUCUUAGGUGAAGUAAUUAUCAUGUAAUUAGUCUUCUUUAAGUUAAUGGACAGCAUAUUUGCUGCACAGAAUUUUAAGACCUUUCCAAGUUCUUCAUUGAUUACUGAUUGUAAUUGUUCUGGGUCUUUUGAAGAAUAAAACAUAUUUUUAUCAUCUGCAAAAAUCCUAAAAGUUAAUUUCUUUGAAGACUUGGGCAAGUCGUUAAUAUACAAUAGAAACAACAGUGGACCUAGUGUGGAGCCUUGGGGUACACCACAUGUGAUGGUUUUCAGGCUAGAAACUUUUCUAAGAGAAUAUGGUGGUUAAUUGUAUCAAAGGCCUUGGAAAAGUCUAAAAAGAUACCACAUGUUAUUUUUUGAUGAUCAACUGCUGACUUUAAUUUUUCCACAGUUUCUAGAAUGGCAUAUUCAGUGGAAUAUCCCUUUCGAAAGCCAAAUUGGAAGUUAAAUAGUAGACAUUCUUUUUCCAGAUAGGACACAAGUUGGUCAUAUACUAGUCUUUCCAGUACUUUACUAAAGGGAGAAAUAACUGCUAUUGGCCUGUAAUUUCUUAACUCAGAAAGACUACCACUUUUAAAUAUUGGGGUUACUUUUGAUAUCUUUAAGAUUUCAGGAAACUCCCCUGAUAAUAUUGAUUCAUUAUAUAUUUCAGUAAAGGGUGCAGAGAGCUGUUCAGUUGCAACUUUAAUAAGCUUGUUAGGAACAAUAAGGGAUGCUUUGUUUUCUUUUAGCCCAGCAAAUAAUGUAAAUACUUGUGUUUGGGUCACUGGAGCAAGGUAAAAACUGUUUGAUGGCGUGGAUUCUAUAUAUUGCAAAGGGUCUGUAAGUAGUCUACUAGGGUCAAAUUUAACCCCCUUUGGUGCCUUCCCUUGCCUUCCGUAUGCCUUCCCUUAAUUGAUAUGCAUAAGCCUAUGACGUCACCUCGGAAAGAAGUGUCUUCCUGCAUACUAAUUUGGAUUAGGUUUACUAAUGAGCGUCACUCUACUACAAUAGGAACAAUAGGCUUGCCUAGACUUGCCCGGGCUCUUUUAACCCUGAUUGGAUAGUAAACAAUCUAUUAUGUGUUCAACAUAAAAGCGCGCUUUCCCCUCAGUAUUUCAUUCUCGCAAUCGCUUUGCUAAGGAAAAAGUCUUACUAUCACCAAUAUUUUUUAAAACAUUGCUCCAAACAUGCAAGUCGAAUCGAACUGUAAACUUGUCUGACUAUUACAGAACCGUUUUCUCCCAUCUAUCUCGAGGAAAUGAAAGUCUUGUCAUUUUCACGCACGGUUAAUCAGUUAAUUAUGCGAGUUCGCAAGCCCAAAGUUGAAUACAAAUUAGCUCUACAGCUAGCCCCAAGGGAGCACCUUGAAAAUAGUCAAAGAAAUCAAGCUCUUUUUUUUAAAUCGUUUCCCUCCUCAAUUUUUUUAAUUCCCGCCUCCACAAUUUUAUUAUUUUCGCUCCUCAUUCGUGAAUUCCCUCCUCCACAAUUGUAAUAUUUUCCCUCUAUUUUUUUAUUCCCUAGUAGACUACUUCUGUAUGAUCAGUUUUGAUUUCACUUGCUAAAGUUGGCCCAAUGUUUACAAAGAAGUUAUUGAAUAAUUCGGCAAUGUCCUUUUCUUGUGUAAAAGUCCAGUUGUUGUGAGUGAUUCUUGUGGGGAAAGUUUGACCUUUGGUUUUCCUUUUGACAAGAGUACCAAUAAGUUUCCAAGUUUGCUUAAGGUUGUCUUUGUACUUUGCAAAUUGCAUGUUAUCGUAUUCUGUCUUACUUUUAUUCUUAACAUGUGAAAGAAUAGCUGCAUAAUGUUUAUAUUCCCCGAUUUUUUGUAAGUCCUUGCUUAAGAAAUGCGUGCGGUACAUUUUCUGUUUCCUUUUUAGCGAUUUUAGGAUACCCUUAGUGAGCCAUGGCUUAUUAAGUUGCCUUUGCUUGCUUUGGCUAGCCAGCCUGAUAGGCGCAUGUUUGUCUACAAUUUUAUUCAGGGUAUUGAUUGCCUCUUGUACCUUUUCAUUUAGAUUCUUUUCUGGGUUGAGGAUUUCGUGCCAAUCAAUCAGUUUUAUAUCAUGUAAGUAUAGAUCUUUAUUAAAUUUAGAGUAGUCUCGAAAAUAUUUUUUGUUAAUAUUAUUCCGUGAAGGGUGGGUUCUGACUAAGCAGAAAAUCGGAAGAUGAUCUGUUAUAUCAACUGUUAGGAUUCCUGGUGUAAAAUUUUGUAAAGAAUUUGUAUAUAUAUGGUCAAUGAGUGUUGCUGUGUGAUCAGUAAGGCGCGUAGGUUUAGUAAUGAUCGGCAAGAUGUUAUUGGCAUAAAGCAUAUCUAAAAACUCUUCAGUUUGAGCAUGUUCAUUGAAUUUCAGGAAAUUUAUAUUCAUAUCUCCAAAGAUGUAAAUUUCGUGUCUAUUGGGAUUAAUUGUUUUGAUUAUAUCAUUUAGUUGGUUGCGAAACUGUUCUAAAUUACAAGUGGGAUGCUUAUAGACACAACCUAUUAUGAUCUUCUUUUUACCUUCACCAACAUCAAUUUCUGCCAAGCAGGAUUCAACUAACGCUACGUCAAAUUUAAUGCCAGUCCUAGGUACAGCUUUAAGAUUAUCAGCUAUAUAUAAAGCAGCUCAGUCUGCGUUUGUUGGCGAGUCCGUGUGAAAAAAAUUAUAGCCUUUGAUAUUUACAAUAGAAAUAGACUUCUCACCUAAUUUAGUUUCUGUAAUUCCAAGUAUAUCCAGCUUGGAGUCAAGGGAGCAUAAUAGUUCUUCUAAUAGAUUUAGGUUUUUAGAUAAACUUCUAAUAUUACAGUGAAGAAUUGAAAAAGAUUUUGCGUCUGAAUUCACAAGCAUUUUAUUAAAGCUACGGACUGAAUAAUAUUCUGAGCAGGGGGUGUUUAACAUUAAAUCUGGGUCGCACUCGUCAAAUUUAUUUGGAUUUGGGAGGAGAUCGUAAAGGUGAAGAUCAUGACGACUAUCCGGCCAGCUGCCAACCAUAGCAUGAAAUUCUCUAUCAGUUAAAUCAUAAAAUGGUAAACAACUACUUACGUUUUCCUGGUAAUCAGCCAUUUUUACCUCCGUAAUAUCAUUAAACUGAUAGCUAAUUAAUUGAGCUCGUCAAGAAACUCUUCGAAUUCCCCAUGGGUUACGAAACAUUUCGUAGUGGAGCUCUCCGUUUUCUUCAGCGUUAUUUUACCGUUAGCCGUCCAAAUAAACUUGUAGUUGUGGUCGCGCUUGAAUUGUAAGAUUCUGCCCAGUAGUCGUUUUCUGUAUGGCGUUAAUCUUUCAUUGACAUGAAUUUGUGCUUUAUGACUUGCAACCGUGCAUCCCCAGAGACGAGAUAUUGGUCCUUGUCGAGAGGUUUGUAAACCAGCUUUAUCAGCCUGGACCCGGUAUCUCACAAGUUAAGGAACCAAGGUGGCAUACAUGUUUGCUCAGAAAAAAAAAAUCGGGCGGAAUCGGAUAGGCUUCCACUAAAAAAAAGGGGGCAUUUUAUGAAGCAAUUCUCCGCGCCCACUAUAAAAAUGAUAGUUUGGAACAAUGAUAAAGUGUGCUGUCUUUGUUUGCCACAGCCACGUGGAUUCGUAAAAUUCCGAAAAUAAGCCCCGGGGCUUAUUUUAAGGCCCUUUUUGAGCGGCUUAUCUAUGGAGGGAAAUUUGCGUUUCAAAAUCGAUUAGGCUAGCCUUACAGAUGGAAGGAAAUUUACCGUUUUUGCUUUGUUUUACUUUGUAUUUGAGGGCAAUUUCCAAGUACAAGCCCCCUUAUAAAUGGAGGGGCUCAUUUUCGGAAUUUUACGGUAUGUUUUCUUUGUCCGGUGCUCGUAAUUAUUCAUUAUAGAAAGUACAAUCAAACUUCGUAAACGACGUGACGUAAUUUUACGUUCCCGCGCCCGCUUAAAAAAAAUGGCCGACAAGCGGGGGAAAAACUCCCGAAAGCCGAGUACGCUUUCAAAGGAUGAAACCAGGAAACGUAUCGAAAUACUGAACAAGAAAUUGGCUUACCACCCGGGCCAAACGCAACAUUAUGAAACCCACUGACGAAAGCGCUACUUCUCGAAGUGUCACUUCAAAAAACGUUACCUUCGUGACCCUCUGCGCAGUUUAGAAUAACAAGUAAAACGUAUUUUCGAAUAAGAUUCAUUAGCGGCGUAUCGAAAAGUGUCCAAAAACUGAACCUGAAGGUAAAAAUUAUAUAAAAUUCGCCGACAUCUUUGCAAACUGAAAGUGAUGCGUGUAUUAAAUAUGAGAAGCAUUAAGCUUAAAUUCAACUUGAAUGCUGUAGUAUCACGAUCGUGUUUUGAGCUAACUUUAUGAAUGAACAAACUCAAAGCAAUAGACAGUAGAAAAUCUUGAAAAUCCACAAAGUUAAUCCUUUAAAGAAAUUCUCGCAUUAAACACUAUCUGGAUCGUGGAUCCGUUCACGCAAGUUAAAUCGGCUGAAGACAUGGCAAAAUUCAACACAAAAUCCAUCUCAAAUCGGGGCGCAUUUCUUCUAAUUUUUCUUUAGCGCCGAAGAAAAAAUAUAUAAGACGUCUAUGAAACAUUUAUAAAUACAUAUCUUUCCUUUCAAAAACGUAAUUUUCUUGGCCCAUAGAGUGCAAAGUGUACCUGAAAAUUCAGCUAAAACUUCGCUGCCUUAGUUGCAUUUCAAAACAGACCAUGCGCUCCGCCAUGAAGAAAACAAGGGUGAAUUCUUCGAAGGACGAUUUCUUGGUGAAAAGCUUCCCUUCCUCCACAAAAAGAAAACUGAGCAUUCUUCUGAACAUUCUCUUUCCAUUUUUUGUCCUGUAAACGGCGUAUUUUUAACCUUGAAACGCAGAACUCUCGUCUUAAAACCACCGCAUGGUGAUCGCGCGGCAGCCAUUUUGUUCAAAUGAAUAUCCUUCACUAAGGUCUCCAAAUAUGGUAAAAGAGAAUAUUCACGAGCAUUGGACGCGAGUUACACAUUUCAAACCCCUUCGAGUUUCUGGUUUUGUUCGACGAAGGAGAACGCUUACUAUUUGUGUACCGCAGACGAAGUAGUAACCGUUCUGUAUGCCAUGCGAUUUCACGGUUUGGACGCUAUCUUAGCCCUGCCUGGCACACUUUGCCUCGAUCUCAUGUGUUGAGGUUUUCUCGCCCGGGUGUAGGUAUCUAUUUUGUGACACUCGUUCACAGAUGAAACGUUGGCGAUUUUCUGUUUACCACUGGUUUGUUUAAGUAUUUCAUCAUAGGAAAAUUUCUAUUCUAAGAUAAUGGAAUAUGUAGAUAUUAUGCCGAACAAUUUGUUUUGCACACUGUAUUUGUUUAUGGAUUUAAGGAAGAUCAGCUUAAAUCGACCAUAUUUGAUCCUAUUACAAAUCACAUCUAUUCGCUUUUAAAAGCUAUUUAUUGCGUUGUAUUUGCUUUUGUUUCUCACCAUUUUUGAAAAAUAUACAAGAAGUUGAACAGUGAAACAUUGACCUUUUCAUCUCACUAAUUCCGGGUGCGUGGUAUUUUGAAAACAGUGCUAAGUAGGUGAGUCGUGUUAGCCUAGUGUCACACAACAAGGGUUUAAAGUGAUACGCGACGCUUCAACCUUUCAGAUAACUUUAAUUUUCUGUAUCCCAAUUUUUAGCCAAUUUUAUUGAUCAUCCUAUAGUGCAAAAUAAUAUCCUGAGGAUCAUAGUCAGAGUUUGACCUGUUGUUACUUACAUGUACUUGACUUAGAGGUUUAGCCAAGGAAAUGUAAAAAGUACAGUACGCCCUUGCAUUUUUGAGGAAAAAUGAAAUAGUAACGAAUUGUAAAGUGGGAGGACAAACAAUGACACUGAUAAAGACAGCUGCUGAUAUUCAUAUUGUUAAAAGUGUUUGAUUUUGAUUUCUCAAUAUUACAAGCCCAUCAGGUUUUGCACCCUCUUCCCACUACCACUCACUACCCAGCACGCCCCACCCCCUCCCCAUCGAACGCACCCCCCCUUAUUAUUACUAGUGUUAUUUAUGUAAAUGUUCAUUCUAAUCGGUAUUCCUUUGUUUCAGUCAUUCAACCCCGUAUUCCUCUGUGGCUGAAUUCAAAGCCCUCCCCUGACUUUUCCAGUCAGUUUGCAGUUUUGUCGGGUAUAAAGGCCCUUACACGUGAUUAAAUUCACGAAGUCAAUUGGACAAAAUGCCUAUUAAAUAUAAAUUUGUUUUUGAAUUAUUAUUGUUGUUGUUGUUAAUGUUGUUGUUGUUAUGAUCAUCAUCAUCAUCAUCAUUAUCUUUAUUGUUGUCGGGUUACGGUUAUCCGUUGAGGCAUUAGGCUGCAGUUUGAUUCCUCGCGAAGAGAGUUUAUAAUCUCGUCGCGCAGCUGCAAACUAAGACGCCCCAUAUUUCUAUUUAUUAUAAAAGCACCAAUGAAAUAGGUGAGGUUUCGCGAAAACAUAUCUUGACACGUGAAAAUAACAUGUUAUUUUGACAUGUGAAAAGAUCGCUGCUGUUAUGGCUACAUAAUAAAUCGCGCCUUUCGCAACAAAAAACUAUUUAAGUGAAAUGGUUUUGCAUUCAUUGGUGUUUAUGUAAUAAAUAGAAUAUUACAUGGCCGCUUGGAGAUACGAAAUUUCUCUUCGACUGUUGAAAAAUAUUUCACUAGUGAGAACGAAUCUCCGCGCGGCCAUGUAAUAUCCUCUAUUUAUUUAUGAAUCUAUAUAUCGCUUGGUGUCUAGUGUGUGAAGUCACAUGGCAUGUGGUGUAGUGGCAAUGAAACGGUCCAGCACGUAGAAGCUCCCGAGCUCGAUUCCGCAGGGAAUCUGUUUUCCUUUUUCUCUUCUUUUCUUUUCUUUUUUUUUUCUUUUUGUUUAGUUUUUUUUUAGUUAUUGUAGUUUUGUUUCGUUUCUGAGCGUAAGUGCUAUAUAUGUAUAAAUUUUCUUCCCUAUUGCCCUUAAUAUUUCCCUUUCUUCCUACUGCUUGUAGUUCCCCCGAAGUGCUACGCGAGGUCCUGCGACUUGCGUAUUUCUAGUUAAAGAUAUAUAUUUCUUUACUAGAUUGACAGUUCCAGCCUCCCGAAUAUCAAGUUAAGCAACAUUUUACUGACUAAACGACUUGAAGUUGAGUAUGAAUCGAAAUGCGACAUGUUCCUUCACCUCGCACCUGAGGCUCUUCGCCGCAUGACCUACGACACCAGUUCGGAGAUUUAUAGUCUUGGAGUUAUGCUAUGGGAGAUGUGGUACGGUAAAGAGGCGUUUGACGAUUUGAAGGGUCACAGCUUGAAAGAGUUUCUUGAUGUUGUGGAGAAAGGUCAUCGUCCUCAGCUUGAACUACUGCCGGAUCCCCAAAUAGCACUGAAGUGGUCAAAGAUUAUUAAAGAGUGCUGGAAAGAGGAUGAAACAAAGAGAAGUACGCUUACCGACUGCGCGUCUGCCGUUGAAGCUAUCUUUUCAGAAUUAAACUCUGCAUAAGCCAUGUAAGUGAUUUACGUAAACGUUUAACCAGAACAAUUAAAUGAGCUCUGCGCUUCCAUGGUAACUAUUGUUUGAUUUACAAUAAUUACAAAAGGGGUGAGAGAUUAAUAUUUUCCAGCGGAAUGAAGUAGUGUAAGUCGUACAUUGACCCCUUAAAAAUCGAGAAAACAAGUAUUUUUCAAAAGAACUCUCAUGACCUCAAGGAUUUUUUUUAUAGCCUAGUCUGCCAAAUCGUGCGUUAUUAUAAUCAAAUUGUGAGUCAUCAUAAUCGUUAAUAUUAUCAAUAUAAUAGUUAUGCAAAAGACGAUUAGAAUAAGCAUAACAAACUCCCUUAUACUGUAACGCCUUUCCAAAAAACUUUACACAGAAAGAUAAAACAAAACAAGAAACUUCAUUGUAACGUACCUUUUUUUUGGCGACGGAUUUUUCCUAGAAGAUAGAAUAAAAAAGGAUUACAACAUGCGCACUUUAUCGUCAUAGUGAUACAUCCUCUGUUUUUUCUUUAAGGUAUCCACGCACGAGAUGGAAAGAUCGACCAAAGUAAACAGUGGGCAAUGCAUUUAUUGAACUGUCUAUACAGGAACAUUUAUGUUAAGAAGUCACUGCAGCUUGAAGUGUGGCGCCUACAUAAGGCAUAAUGAGCAAAGUAGUUUCAUAACUGUACGCAGAACAUAUAUCAUGACAUAUAAUUAGGGUUAGGUUAGUAAAACAAAUAUAUUAGUCUAUAGCAAAAACUAGGUUCUAGACGUAUUGCAAAAAAUUCAGAAAAUGGUUCAAAACGUAAGACAAAGAAAAAAUAGGAUUGGUUAGGUACAUAUGUUAGGUGAUAUAGGUCUGGGGUGUUUGAUCACCUAUGUCUAGUUUGUCUAGUUUUUUAGAGAGAAAAAAUCGUGGUAAAUAGAGCCUAGUUCAUAAGCUUAGGGAAAAAAGUGGGUUCUGGUUCAGCUUGGAACAGAGAAUAUACGUUUCUUAGGUCAAGAAGUAGGUUUAGCCUGAUUUGGAAGAGCCCAGAUAUAGGUCGUAAAACAAGAGCAAAAAGUAGGUUUACUAUGAAACCAGAAUAUAGGUUAAAAGUAGGUUUUAAGUUGUAACACAGAAUUGAACAUACCGGUAGG